UCUGUGGCGCGCGAGUGUGCCUUGACAGAUUGUUUCGGACCGUGCUGCCUGUUAUUCAAUCGAAAACACUCGAGCGGCGAGAUGGGAAACCAAAUGAUGGCUAAUAACGCUCACGCGCCUAACGAAAAUCACGAUAUCGUGCCGACCGAACUUCACUGUGAGUAUAUAAUAUUAUGCAUAUUACGCGUUUCCGAAAAUUAACAUUAUUACACGCUUCAACCCCUUUCCACCCCGAUAUUAUUAAAUAUAAUACCGGAAUUCAGCGUAUAAGCGCGCGUGCCCACACGAAUUUUUACUUUUUAAUUUUUAAUGGCACGGACAUAUUGCUGGCCCGCCGCUGACGCCGUUUGAGGAGAGAUGCGCGCACAACGUCCCCCUAAAAUAUGGCACUAGAAACUCAUACAAUAAUAUUACGUGAUAGUGGUUGCGGUCUUCCCGGUCCGAUUCGCAGAACUGUUCCUCCUGGAACCCCGUCCUGUAAUACUCUCCUUGUCCCGGAUAUCUCGUACACUCGACGGUCUGGAGUGACUUUAAUACUUAUUUUACUCAACCGAACUCACCAAUAAUAAUAAAUAAUAAAUAAUUAUCAUUUCACCGAUAUUAAAUUACCUAUAAUAUCGGUAUCGUUUUUAGACGAAAGUAAAAAUGUUCAAAAAAAUGCGUUAAAAUCAACAGCCUUAAAAUGUCUUAAAAUGUUUGUAAAUUACACACAAGUAAUAAAUCUACAUUUUUCACUUAUACGCGCGGAGAUAAAAACAAUUGAAAUAGUAUUUCGCAUAGUUUCUUGGUGAUACAUGAAAUAUAUUAAAAUUUAAUGUAUAUAGCUAUUUGUUUAAAAUACUAUUCGGGUGUCCAGUCGAUCGGACAGAGCAAAAACGGAUGAGCGUAUGAACUUCUUGCAAGGUUCCCGUAUUUUGUUUUAGAUUUUGAGCGUAUUGGUUUUACUAUAACGCGUGCUUCUUUUUUCUUUUUCUACCUGUGAACAACUUAUUUUAUAUCUGAAAUUUCGUUCCAAUUAUCAUAUCAUAUCAACUUAGAGAAGGGGUUAAUUUCUGAUCAGAAAUAUGGUCUACACUUAUUACUCGAUGCAUUGUGGAUGUAAUCUGUUUGAUUUUUUUUUUUUAAUUUACUCGAUUAUAUCAGGGAAAUCAGAAGGUAAACGGAAACAUCCACGCAUUAACAACGGUUUUGGCUACACUUAUUUUCGAUUUUUGAAUUUUUUUUUUUUUUUUUUUAAUUAACAUUUAUUUAAACGAUAUUAAAUAAUACCGCCAAGUAAUGAACCGAAGUUCAAAGUUCUGUAUUUCAUAUAAUACAUGUUUGCAUUUUUCAUCGUAUGUAUUUUAGGAAAAUUAUAUUUGUUAUUUUUACCGGUAUUUUUUUCAAUAUACCGUGUAGUUUAGAUAACACGGUCUGAAAUAUUUUCCAAAAUAAAUUGUCUUUACGAAUAACAUUAAGGACACGCUGUAAUAGUUUUUACUUUUAUUAUAGUCAACACUCGUAGCGUAGGUAUUAUAUUACAAUAUCGAAGCGAUUAUAUGGAUUCGUCAAUUAUUAGGUAUUCAUAUUUUAAAAAUUUGUCGUAAUUUUCAAAUGUAUUCAAAAAUUAUGUUUUUUUUUUUUUUUCUUGAACAGAUAAAAAUAAUAAUUUAGCCACAUAUUUUGACAAUUUCCCUACUGCAAUAAUAAUAUUGUACUAGGAAUGAUCAAAAUAUGCAGUCGAUCAUUCCCAGUACAAUAUUAUUAUGAGUGAUGAACUCUACAGUUAUUAUAGUACAAAUAAUAAAUUGUAUUUAUAGUUGAAACCACAAAUUGCAUAGAAUUAAUAUAUUAAUACAUUUCAAUAGUAUAAUAGGAUUCAAAUGUAUUAUACUUACAUUAGAGCGCUUCAUUUGAAUUUCUAUUUUGUAAUCAUAUUUUUUUUUUUUGUUUUCCUCCAAUAUAAAUAUUUCGGUCGAAGUAAUAAUGCCGGUGAAACCUAAAAUUUACUUCUGGAUUUAUCAGUAAACCUUAGGUUUAUCAACUGCAGCCAGUAAAUGACCGAAUUUCAGACAUUUACCAUUUAAUUUCUGUAAAUCCUUUGAUAUACAAAGUAGAUGGUCCAAACCCGAAAUAAUUUUUAUAGUUCAGACUUUUACAGAAGAGAUUUAGUAAAUCUUAGCAUAAAUGACUAGUAUUGGUAAAAGUCCAAAAGGUUUUUUUUUCUACUUCUCGUGUGGUAUUUUCCCAUUGCCUUAAACAAAUUUACAUUAUUAUUAUUAAAAUAUAUGACUGCGAAAAUUAAAUGUCUAUUGGUUUGUUGUAUUACUAUUACACGCAUUGUUAUUUAUUAUUAAUUUUACUGAGAUUGAUUUCGGGGAUUUUUAAUUCGAUUUGAAUAAAAAUCAAGGCAAAUACUAAGUGUUUUAGUUAGAAAACUAUCAAAAUAAAAAUUCUAAAAGUUCAUCGCAGGAAAGUCGACGCACGCACGUUACUUGUUGUGGUGUUAAAAGUUGUGGAUGGUGAUUUUUAUCACAUAGGUACCAAAGUGGGAGCCCUUUCCACUCUACCUUCCCAAUUUCUCACCUACAACAGUGGCCUACCCACCGUGCGAAGUGUGCCUGUGUGUUUUGUUUAGAACUGACAAUAAUAAUAUCCGAAAACAAAAUUGGAAUACGUCAAGCGGUAUCGAAACUAUCCUAAUCUGGUUUACAAGGAGUGGUAAAAUGUAACUGAUAAUAAAAUGUAAGACAAAUCGAUUGAAAUGUCGCUUGAGAAACGUAUUAUGUAAUUCAAGACACCAACAGUAGCGCAAAUAAAAAAUAGUUUGUGUAAUAUUUAUUGAAUGUACAAUAUUGUAAUAAUAAACGAAUUGUAUACGGUAUAUUUAAAUUUUAUUAAUAUUUAAUAAUAAUAUGAACAUAUAAUUAACGUAUAAUGUACAGUAAUAACAUCCGAGUACAAAUAGGAAGGGGAAAUACCACACAAUACGUAGAAUAAAUAAAAAAGAAAUUUCGGAUUUUCAACAACAAUAGUUGUUUAUCCUGAAAUUUAUCAAAUUUAUCGGUUUUAAAAGUGUGAACUAUAAAAAUUAUUCGGGGUUUCGCCAAACCAUUUUAUAUAAUAUGUUAAGUUUCACCGUUAUCCUUAUACUUUUAUCGCAACAUAUAAUUAUUGAGGAAUUUUAUUUUGAAUUUAGAUUCUGAGCUGGGCGAAGCAGAUCAUUUUUUUGAUUUUCCCGGGGGGUUUUCAUAAUAAGCGGGGAAAACCAUAGGCUAAUCGAGAAUAUUUACGAAGUAUAUUAUUUUCAAAUCGUAAAUAUUACGGCCUUUCAAAAUAUGUAUAACCGAUCUCCGCUCAGAAUCGUUUUUCAAUAGUAAUGAUUAAUCAUCGCGUACAUAUAUCUAUUCAAUUUCCCGUCUACAUUUCCAAAUUCUCACCUACAACAGUAGCUAACCAUCAUACAAACGUAUGUCCGUUUGUUUUUAAAUAUAAAUUUAUUAGUUUUUAGUGCGUAGGUAUACAUGCGUUUAUUAACGUGUUUUCAGUGUAAAAUAAUUAUAGACAGAUAAUUCGACAAAUCGUAUUGCUUAGAGACUUAUGAACUUUACACGGUUAUUGAUUUGAUUAACUGAAAGAUGAGGAAACCGUAUUUUAAUAGAAAAAUAAAUGGACGACUCGAAAAUUCGUUUCGCUAAUCUGAAAUUUACCAUUACAAGGAAUAAACUAAUUAACUUGUGCCGUAACGCAUGCACCUAAACAUUAAACGUGAGAUGAUUAAUUAUUAUUAUAGUAUUACAAAUAAAAAAAAAUAUUACCUAUGUUGUUCUAAUUAAUUUACACACGGAAUGCCAACUCCAUCAAUAAUAUUCUCAAUAAAACUCAAUAAUAAUUUACUUACCACGAAAUCCAGCCAAGCAAUUUGUUUUUACCUAAUAUAAUAUAGUAAUUAGAAAAAAUAAUUUAAUACAGUACAAUAUACCUACGUUAAACUGCCACCCACUUUCUUUUUAGAUUUUGGGUUUUUCAAUAUCUCCACCAUUUAGUAUAUUAUUUGUUUGUAUUUCUUUGGCGUAUUUUAGAAUUUCUUUAGACUUUCUACUAGAUAUGUUACGAACCCUGACUUUUAAAGCCCAACCGAACCGAACUAUCGUUAAGUUAACUAUUCGUAAAAUUAACGAAUCCGAACUGAACCGAUCUUUUAAAAUAUUUUAUCGAAUUCGAACAUUAAAAAGUAAAAAGAUUACGUUAGGUCAAACACGUCAUUCGUUUAUAUUUGUUUGGCAUAUUUUAAAUCAAAUUAGACGAUAUUAAUUAUAAAAAUAAAUGAAGAUAUGUCAAACAAAUACAAGCAUAAUAAAUGUAAGGGGAUUAUUAAAAAAAGCCCAAAAUUCAAACGCGGGGGGGGGGGUAGUUUCUUGUUCAUAUAUAAUAUAACAAGUUCAUUAGAUUCCAUACAAAUAAAUCUAUUGGUUUUUUCGAUUUUAUUUUUUCAAAUUUUAAACUGUGAAGCGAAGUGAGGAAUAUAUUGGUUUUACAAUGGUGUUUAUUUUUAUUUUUUAUACUAUGUACAAGAUUACUAUCAAAUAUCUUGCUCUGAUUUUCAAGUGUAGCAACUUUCCCGAAAGGAAAUUUUAUCUGGUUUAGUACAAGAAGUCAUUUUUGCUUUUAUUAUUUUUGGUUUUUUUUUUGUUAUAAUUCAAUUGAGACUGAAAUUUUGAUAGAAAUUUUAUAUUUGUUUUUUCCAAACGUAGUCAAAUUUUCAACACAUUUUAGCCGUUUUUGAGCUAUGUAUAUACAUUUUAAUUUUGAGAGUUUUUAUGUUAUUUUUAUUUGGUAGAUACCUGAUCUGUAGAUAAAAUUGUUAGGCUAACCAGAAAUGUUUGAAUAUUUAACAGGAAAUUCAUUAUAAGUUGUACUUCGUUGUCAACAAAAAUGUUUUUUUAUAAGAACUUUAGUAUCAAAUUUUGACAAAAAUCGUAAAUAUUACAGUUUUUUAAAACAUGUAUAACCGAACUCCACUCAGAAACGUUUUUCGUUAUCAAUAAUUGUUCAUUGCGUACUAUAUACAUUAAAUUCCCUUCUAUAUCCUACCUUCUCAACGUCUCACCUAUACAACCAUGGUGAAAUAGGUCCCUCUUUUUUGUAUAAUAUAUUUGAUUACGAGACGUAAUAAUUGAUUGUUCAAUUAAAAAUUUAAAAACAAGUUUUGAAUACACUUAAACUCGUAGUAUAAUAAUUUACGGGUAUUGAUGGACCGUGAUAGACGAUGAUAACAAUAUUAUAAUAACCACCGGUUUCGAGAUAAAAAUUUGUAUUUUACCUUUAAUAAGUUAUCAUCGCAGCCGGAGCAGUAUAAUAUCUUGUCAACCUUGUCUUACUAAAAAAAAAAGAUUAGGUUAUGAAACGAGUCGUGUAAACCACUUUUGUUUACAGAAUACUUCUUCGAGUGUACUAUACAGAAUGAUCAUUUUAUCAUGGGACAGAAAUUAUUUAAGUGGUCUUGAUUUCUAUAUUUUCAAUCGUUGUAGAAUUAUUUAAGCUUUAUUUUAAAGGUACUUUUAAUUUACGCCUACUCCAUAACCUACCUUAAAUAAUUGUAUAUUUUUGACUUUCAAAUAAAAAUACCCUCCUUUUUGAACACAGAUUCGAAUAGUCAUUUUGAGAGUAAAUAUGCAAACGGAAAGGUAUUAAAUUGCUUAUACAAAUUUAGAUGAUAAAUUUAUAACUCUUCCUACUCCUUCGGUCUAAACUUUAAACUGUUAAUAUUCAUGAAUGGUAGAUCCGAUAUUAGAGUUAUAUAUGUCAACAUUUCAACAUUUUUAGAAAAAUAUUCUCUGUACGAAUUUAUGUUCAUAAAGUGGGUUCCUAUUUGAAAAUAAAAAUUAUAUAGUGUAUACUUAUUUAAAAUACACGGAGUAGGAGUAUAAAACGUUCAUAUGGUGUUCAAAUAUAGUUAAAACGAUCUCACAAUGGUUGAAAAAGACUGAAAUCAAAUUCACUUAAAAUUAUCUGAAAAAAUUACUGGUUCAUGAUAAAUUGAUCACUCUGUAUUACAUUGCAUCGUCAUACACUACCCUAUUUUACAGUUAUAAUCAUUCCGGAAUCGACUAGUUAACGAUACUAUUACAACAAUUAAACACGCUUAAUAAUUAAUGAUAUUAAUCACGUGUUAAAUAAUAAACAAUAAAUUAUACUAACGUACUAUACAAUUUCGAGCGUUUAUAUUCGAUUGAAAAAUUAAAUCUUUUUUUGUAUUUUUCUACUAUUUAUCGUGCUAGUCAAUGGCGUAUUACACUCUAAACGGACCGAUACAUUUAGUUGGAAAUUAAAUUUAAUAUUGAAAUUAAGCUAAAAUCGACGUUGUGGGGCAUUCAUGGGGGCAUUGGAAUGCUUGGAAUACUGAUGCAAUAGUUUUUAUUCUCUGACACCCUUUAGUAUACCUCUGUUUCUCUCAAAAUUUGAUUUGUUUGUUGUGAGCGCGGGGCGAGGAAAGCACAGUUCAACUCUUUAUAUGUCUAUGAUGGUUUCAAGUGUAACUAUAGCUUAAUCAGACCACACAUGUAUCACUAAUAUUAUUAUUAAAUUUGCAGGUUAUACUAUAAUAUAUUAUUAUAGUAGUGGCGUAUUUAGAUGGGGGUUUCAGUAUUUUCCAACAGAGGCACAGCAAUUGUUCAAUAUUGGUGCGCUCAAUAUAUGGUUUAGGUAUGGUUUAUCCGUCUAAAUUGUGUUAACUCCUCCCAAACCUCCUUCCCCCUUGAAAAAAGUCAACAAAUACGUAUUUUAUUGUAUAGUAAAUGUGGAUUUGGUCAUCAAUUGUAUUUAAAUAUAAACUCACUGGGCACAAUUUACGACCAAAACGAAUAAUUAUGUAAGCACUACAAAAUCUUUUAAUAAUAACUAUUGUCGUAGAUAACCAGCGAACAAAAAAAUAACUGAAUGAACAUACUAAAUAUUUUGAAUAUAAUUACUAUUAUAUACGAUGAAAUCGAACGAAAUAAUAAUAUUAUUAACGUAUAUUAUGAUAUGAAUAAUACGCGUGUAUCGACCGCUUUUUUUUUAUCGUAAGUUAUUAUAAGCUAUUUAAAUUUUGAAAACAAAUUUCGUUUUUAUCGCUUACAGAUUUUUGUUCUACAUUUAAAAAAAAAACCCCGGAUUGUUAGCUGAUAUACUACGAAUAAAUAAUAGCCACGGCUGUCAUAUUAUUAUUAUUGCAAUUAUAUGAGAAUAAUUAUUAAAUUACUAAGUAUAUUGAAUUGUUGUUAUUUUAGAUUCUGAGUGCAGCUAAUAAUUGAUUAGGCAUAUUAUAUAGUUCGACUAAAAGGUGUGUUUUUAUUUCUCGGAAGACAAUUUUACGGUUAGGUUUAUUUAAAUAAGAUGCGGAUUUUCGAUCGGCAUUAUACUUGAAUAUAUCAAUUUUUUUUAAAUUCUAAACAGUUUUUCUAAAAAAAAACUGACAACAAUAAAUUGACUAUAUAAUCAUAAUAUAAUAUAAUUAUUAAUUAUAAGUACUCUGGUUUUAUAUUUUACCCAAUAUUUUUAUCCCUUUACUGAGCUCCACUCAGAAUGGUUUUUUUUUUUUUUUAUUAUAGCGACUUUUUACCGUUGCAUUCAGUAUACAACUAAAUUACCCUAUACCUUCCAAACUUCUGACAAUCCCACCUUUAACAAUAUAGUCUAUUACCAAUGGUGUGGAGUAAAUCCGAUUUAUUUUUUAAUCUACUAGUUUGUAUGCCAUGGCUGCAAAAUACGAAAACUUAUGACUUUGAAAACAGCAGGUGAUUUUUUUUCAUCAUGAAUCAUUAGUUUUCUUAUAGGAUUUUAACUUUUAAGUGAAUUUGAUUUCUGUUUUAGAUUCCGAGUGUAGCGAAGAAGCUAUUAUGGUUUUACAAUGAUUUAAAUUUUUUAUUUUUGUACUGUGUGCAACUUUUCUACCAGUAAUAUUGCUCCGAUUUAGAAGUAGCACUUUUUUUGAAAGAAAAUUUUACUGGGAAGGUACUUUAUGAAGGCCAUUUUUUGAUUUUCUUAGGAGUUUUCUCAAUAUAUUGGAAAAACAAGAAAAAACUGAGGAAAAACGGGAAAAUGUAUAAAUGUAUAGUAAAAUAUUAUGGCCUUUUUUUUUCCAAUGAACAACUUUUCUAUCUUGAAAAAGCAACACUAUAAGUAUUUAAUGUAUAUUUGUUAGCAACGAUUAACCAUUGCUAACGAAAAUACGAUUCUGAGCGGAGUUCAGUUGAUAUUGAUACUCUGUUAACAAUAUAUGUGUCAUAUUAUGGUAAAAUGAAAUAGGCCUGUAUAUUAUUUUUAAUAGUAUUUGUUCAACGUACCGAUUUUUCAUAUUUCCUACAUUUUCUCUGAUUUUUCCAUGUUUUUUCCUGGUAUUUCACAUUUGUUGAGAAAACUCCUAAGAAAAUGUCCUCCUUCAAGUACCUCCGCACACCGAUUUCCUUUCAGAAAAGGUACUAGACGUAAAAAUCAGAGCAAGUUUUUUAGUAAAAAAGUUGUCUAUAGAAAAAAAAAAAAACAUCUUUGUAAAACCAUAAGCUUCUACGCUCUACUCAGAAUCUGAAAUAUACUUAAAAUCAUCCGAAAAAAUGGUUAGACUAUGACAUAAGAUUCAUAAUCUGUAUGACAUUCGGUAAUACAAAAUUCACUAGGUAUUAUAAAAUAUAAUAAUCGGCGCAAUAGUCACACUACGAUAAUAUCCCAAUGAUUAUUAUUUUAAAGCGACUAUAAUAAUUUAAACGUCAACUACACGUAGCAAAAAAUCUUUUUAUUGCUUUUAGGAGAGACAAAUGCUAAAAAACACAUCGUUUAAAAAUAUUAUCUAUUAUCUAAAUACAAGUCUAAUAAAACAUAAUAUUAUAACUUAUAAAUGCGUAUAAUAACAUUAUAAUAUAUUAUUAUGUAACGUGAUUAAACAAUUUAUUGUUUACUGUGGAGGCUAGUGACCUCAAUGGUGCAUAAAAAAAAAAAAAAAAAUUAAAUAUAUAAUAUUACUAUUAUAACAAUAUUAUAUGAAUGGGCUGCAUAUAAUAUUAUUAUAAAUAUUAUUGAUAACGUUUUUUUUUUUUUUUUUUACUUCGAUCACUACGUAUUAUACUGCGACAAUAAUGAAGGAAGUAAUAAUAUAAUUUUAUUUAAUAGUGGACCAUUUUUUUAAUAGAAUAUAGGUAUCUACCUACUAGACAGCGAUGCCAAUAAAGGCGCAAUUUCAAUUUUAACUCGGAUUUGAUAUGGUCUUUUAGAUUCUGAGCAAAGCGAGUAAUGUAUUAAUUUUACCAGAAUGAGUUUUUUUUGUUUGUGUCUAAACAACUUUUAUACCGGAUAUUUUUCUCCCAUCAAUAACUUUAGAGGAUCUUUCUUCUCGCAUUUUCGAUUUAGAUACAUUGGGAAGGUAGUUGUUUUUCUCGUAAGAUUUAAUAAGUUGGAAUGGCAAUUUUCGUUUAACGUGUACUGAUUUUUGGGUUAUCUAGGAAACACGGGGAAAAACAUGACAAAAUAAAUAAGCAUAACAGCAAUAUCCCAGCGUUAAUAUUCCGCGCAAAUAUGGCUGCUGGUUUUCGCCUCUAUUCGAAACCCAUAUAACGUGAUACUGAUACAUAAACAUAUUAUACUCGUAUAUUAUAUACUAUUGUGUCCGUAUACUGAUACAAUUACAAUAAUUGGUAAUAAUAAUUAUUACGAAUGUGAACGACGUACGCCAUUUUGUGCGUAUCACAAAGUUGCUGACAUAACUAUUUAUUUUGUUAUAAGGAAAAGUUUUUUAGUUUUUAAUUGUGUAUCAUGUAACGAUUUUAUUAUUGCGUUUAUCAUCUCAGAAAACAAUAUUCGGUUGGUUUGAUAAAAAAUAAAUGCUUCAAAUAAUAUUGUUCACUCUGUAAGUACGUUAAAAGAUUAACGAUUUGUCCGACGGUAUUUGAACAAUUACAUCGCAUAUACUUGACAUACAUAUAUAUAUAUAUCGACCUACUUCGCACGUAGGUGGGCCACUGUUGUAGGUGAGAAGUUGGGAAAGUAAUAGAUGGGAAAUUUAUUGUUUAUCUGUUAGCAACGAUAAACCAUUGCUAACGAAAAAACGAUUGUGAAUGGAGUCCAGUUGACAGUGUUGCUUUGUUAACAAUAUAUAUAUAUAUCAUAUUAUGGUAAAAUAAUUACAUAGGCAUUGUAUAAUUUCUUUAAGAGGACGUUAUACCCGCAUCUACUGUCUCAUUCCAACUACUGGGUAACAUGCAAAACCAAUGCUUACGCAGAAGAAGUAAAACUAGCUUAAUUUUGAUUUUAGAGUUAAAGUACCUAUUAGAAAAUGUAUAGAGAACAAUAUUUUGGAGGGAAUUCUAUAUAUAUUUUUUUGAAUUAUGAAUUAUUAAGAAAGUUACAGUUACUUAAAAAAGAAAGGUUUUUAUAUCUUUUAUAUCGGUCUGUAUAUUUUGAAUAACACAAAUACCCUCCAAAUUCACUCCAAAAUAUUGUUCUCUAUAAAUUUCAUAAUAGGUACUUUUACUCUAAAAUCAAAAUUGGGCUAGUUUUACUUAUUCUGCGUAAGCAUUGUUUUUGCAUGUUACCCGGUAGUUGGACUGAGACAGAUUAUAUGUGGGUGUAAUUUGUUUUUAAUAAUAUUUGUUUAAAAUUGUCUAUAUUUUCUUGUUUUUCCUAGGUUUUUCUCGGUUUUUUCAUUUGUUUGGAAAAGUACUGGGAAAAUCAAAAAUUGACCUAUUUAAAGUACCUCCUUAGUCAGAUUUCCUUUUAGAAAAAGUGCUGUCAUUGUAAAUCGGAGCGAAAUUGUUGAUAAAAAAGUUAUUCACAAGAAAAAAAAAGGCUUAACUAUUUUUUAACUAAUAUCUUCAUUUCGUAUCAAUUUUCUCGUUUUCUUCCAUUUUUCCCAUUUAUUAGGAAAACUCUAGCAGAGACUAGAGUAAUAAAGUAGACUCUAUACUAUAGCUGUUUACUUUAUCAGUUUACUGAGCUUCACUAAGAAUCAUAUUUUUAUCGCAACGACUUUUCGUUGAUUUCAGUAAUUAUAGCAGUGGCGGCUCGUGGUAGUUUGAUGUCGUGGUGCGAUAAAAAUUAUUUUUCACCUUACCUAUUAGUGAAUAAUAAAUACGUGAUUUCAUACAUCUGUUAGUAGAAUAUAUGUAUACUGUGAAACCUUUAAAUACCGGACAUUUUCGGUCGCUGAAAUUUUGUCCGUUCUUCAAACGUGUCAGUUAUUUAGAGAGAAAAAUUGUAUUUUUAUUAAAUCAAUUCAUGCAAUUUAUUUUAUUUUAUUUUAUUUUUACGUACACGAAUCGCUGUACUACUACGUCAUUACCACCAUAUAUAUAGACGUUUAUCGCUCGCUGAGCCCACCAAGCUUCUAGAAAAUUCCAGAACGAACGAUAAACGCCUAUGAUUUAAAAACGUGGGAAAAUUGCAAAAAAUCGCAAAAACGUCGAAAAUUGAAAAAAAUUACAUUAUAAAAUUAAAUAAGCAGAAUAUUUUUAUUUCAAAAAAAAUUGUAAUAUCAAUUAAAUCGGGUCUUUAAUAAUAAUGUACAUUUAUACUAAUAAAAGAUAACCUAAUGACGUAGACUUUUAUUCAAGUAUUCUACCAUUAUUUUCAAUUUACGAUAAAAAUGAUCAAUAUCAAUGUUAAAAAGUGUCCGUUAUGUAGUGGUUUAAACGGUGAAAACGUCCCCGUUUACGAAAGGGAAGUUUCACUGUAUACAAAAUAUACAUUAUGUAUGUAUGUAUGUAUGUAUGUAUACCAAUACAUGUGUACAAUUAUUUAGGCGUAUGGUGUACAUAAAUAUCCACUUAUGAAUAUCAACUGAUUAAAUGAAAUGUUGUCUGGCGGAAUAUAUCAUUAUUUAUCGGAAAUCAGACGAUAUUAUAUUAGUAAAACACUGAAUUGUAAACAGGUACACGAUAUUCUAAUCACGUUUCAUCCCUUGUAAACACAAUAGCUCGGGUCGCCGCCGAAAAUGUGCAACGAGAAUAUUAAGGACCGUGUAACGUAGUCCCACCGCCGUCGAAAAUGUGCGUCGAGAACUACAGCAUGCGUAUAGAAUCCCCGUCGCUGCCGCGCCACGUAGUUAUAUUAACGUACAAUACACAUUUAUUGAAACAGGUUUUUUUUUUUUUUUGUGUGUGUGUGUGUGCCCCACGGGCCGUCGCACCAUACACGACGAAGCGACAUUACCUAACGACGGUCGUUAGGCCUGUAUUCGGUUUUCACAUUAUUCAUAUCGAAUCCGAAUUGCCGAAUUCAAAUUACAUUUUUCAAAAUAUUAUCAUUAUUUUUCCAACACAAUUUCGAAUUAUCUAAAGAUUAAAUUAUUUCGAAAGAAAUAUAAUCAAUAACGGUUACCAUUUGCUAUAAAAAUUAGUAGAUAUAUAUAUAUGUAAAUUUUAUUUUAUUUUAAAAUGUACGUACGGAGUGCGAUCGCACCAUCACACCAUAGCACGCGCCACCAUUGAAUUUUAGAAACUGAAUCUUAUACUAUAUGCCUAUCCAAUUUCCUACUUACAACUACUAGGGUCAAUAGUAAAAACUGAAAGGAAUUAGGUUAAGAGUCAUAAUAUCUCUUCCGUGAAAUUUCUUGUUCCAUGCAAAUUAUUUACCCGAGUUUUACGAUUUAAAAUUCGGAACGGAGCGAGGAACUAUUGGUUUUAGUACGAUGUGUUAUUUUUUUUUUUUUUUUAUUGUCUUUAAGCAACUUUUCUACCAGAAAUCUUGGUCCAAUCAAAAAAUCACAAAAAACAUUUUUCGUUGAAUUUUGGAUGAUGCAAUGGGAGGUCGUUUUUUAAUUUUUAUAUGGGGUUUUCAAAAUAAUUGGGAAAACCGAAAAAAACCGUACAGUAAAAACGGAUAAAUAUUUACGAUUAGCAGCAGCGAUUUCAGUUAUCGAUUUCAUUGAUUUUCACGCACUAUGUUGUAACGUCUCGUUCCAGCCUUGUGUCGAAACAAUCGUUAUGUGACGUCAGUGCUUAAAAAUAAACCAACCUAUGGCCGAGACACGAUGGACGGAAAACAUAGGAUUUUUUUUCUUUAUAGAUGAUGGUAAAUAGGAAAAGGUCAGGGCAUCGAUGAACAAAUAUCCCCGAUUUGACAAAAAAUAAUCGCAUUAUAUUAUAAUAAAAAAAAAAAACAUGAGUGAAUUACGUGGGUUGGUGUUAAUUCCACAAUUGAGUAUUUUUUUUUCAUAUAUAAGGGGUGGGGGUUAUGAAAACGUGGUUAUAUACUAAUAAAGUGAACUUAAAUCGAGUUAUUUACAUUAAAUCGUAAUACUAAUCCUACCUGUUAGCUAUCUAAACUGACUACACUACGGGGUGCCAUCCAAGGUAUACUAAAAAAGGUCGCAUAUUACCAGAUGUCCAUGAUGGUCGACGUGGUGCCACCCAACGGGUCAGCGUACGUGGAGAUUUUUUACUCAGCCAUUGUUGAGUUCGUGUUAAGCAUCAAAGAAAAGAAAACAUCAAAAAAUGAUUUACUCGUCCCGGUAGAAGUCGUGGAACGGCGGCGAAAAGAUUGUGCGCUUACUGAGUGGAUGGUUAGUGGCCGAUUACCUACCACAGUGUGUUCAGUUUUACAAUAUAAGUUAAUUAGCUGCACAAACAGUCAUAGGUGUGAUCGUAGUGGAAAGAGUGAGAGAGUGGAGUGGAGUUGGGUCCUUGUAGAUCGACAGCUUAUCGAGAAUUCUCGCGCAGGGCGACCGGGGGGAAGAUGCGCAAAAAUAAUCAUUGCGAUAUGACUGCAAACAUUAUGUCAUCAAUUAAAACUUGAAUAUUAUUGAAAUGUUCGGUUUUGGACGUUACAAUGUUUUCUGCCAGAUAUAUUGUAUCAAUCGAAAAACGCCAGUAGACUUUUGUUGUUUGAUUUUUAAGAUGAUUUAAGAUGGUGAUUAAGUAAUUAAUUUUAUUAUUUUCCAAAUAUUUUUUAUAAUAAUUGGGAAAAAUCAAAAAUAUAGAAAAAUAAGUAUAUUCUUAAAAUUACGAAAGAACGAUUUCAUUACUUCAAAUUAUUAUACUUAAUGUUUUAUACCGGUCAUAUUAUUCUGGUAGAAAAACGACGACAAAAGACAUAUUUUGAUGCAUUUUUUAUCUAGCUGAUGAGUACGAAAGUCGUUUUUUUUGAUUUUCCGUGUAGUUCUCAAAAUAAUGCCAAAAAAACGUAGAACGAACGAGAACGUUUACGGAAAUAAUGGUUUCAUUAUUUUCAAUUUUAAACUUAGAACGUGGCGAAUUUGUUUUCUAUUUAUGAACAACUCUUCUACAAUAAAUCUUGAUUGAAUAAAAAAAUGAAAAGAGAUCAAUUUUGUUUCAAAUUAAUAUAUAGAAACUGGCAGGGAAAGUCUUUUUUUGAUAUCUAAAGUAGUUUUCAUAAUAGGUAUUAAUUAGAAAAACCAAAAAAGACGAAAAAUAAGAUUUUUUUUUUUUUUAAAUUACGUCAGAACGAUUUAAUUAUUUUUAAUUAUUAUGCUUAAUGAUUUCUACCAGAAUAUUGCUCUAAUAAAAAAACAAUAAAAGUUCAUUUUUGUUGAGUUUUUAAUCUAGAUCUAGAAAGUUUUUUUCGAUUUUCUUUGUAUGUUUUUUUAAUAAUUGAGCAAAACCGAAAAAUACGUAGAAAGAACGGAAGAAAUUUACGAAAAUAAUUAUUUUAUUAUUUUAAAGGAUUUUUAAUAGAAUUCAGUUAAAAAUAUCCGUAGAGUGACUUAAAAUUUUAACAGAAUUUGUAUAUUCUCUUUUUCCAGACGUGGUAAAACGUUCAAAACAUUUGAGCCAUUUUUGAGCUAUUUAUAUACAUUUUAAUUUUGUAAAUUUUUUACGUAAUUUUUAUUCGGUAGAUACUCUAUGAAUACAAUUGUUAAACUUAUCAGAAAUGCUUGAAAAUUCAACAGGAGGUUUAUUAUAAGUCAUACUUAGUGAUAAAAAAAAAAAUUAAAUAUAAUGUAGUAUUUUUUUAAUUUUUUAUAAAAGCCAUAAAAUCGAAUUUUGACGAAAAUCGUAAAUAUUACAUCUCUUAAAAAUAAUUAUAACCGAACCUUACUUCGAAUCGUUUUUCGUUAGCAAUGGUUUAUCGUUGGUUUCCGGUAAAAUAAAUAACUUUAUGUAUCCUACCUUCUCAACUUCCCAUCAACAGUAUAGUAACACUCACCCGAAGUAUCAUCUCUUUUGACAUUUAUUAAAACAUAAAUGAUUCUAUUAUUAAAAUUUAUUGGCACACCUCAAAUAAAAAAAAAAACCUCUCACUCUAAAACUAUAAGUUUAUUAUUUUAUCAGCAUCAAGUAAAAAAUAUAUAUUUACCUAUACUAUUAUACUCGAUUAUACUAAAUAAUUACUAAGAAUAUUGCUUCCACAGUUAUCGCAUUUUUUAUUUACAGUUGAACUAAUUAAUGUCUUUCUAAUAUUUACAAUACUAAUAUUUUAAUGUAUAAUUUAGUAUGUUUUAAUAUGCGUACGUUUAAAUAUUAACAAAAACCGGACACGUUAUCGAUACUUAACAUUCUCUGGAAUCCAUUUGAUUUUUAAUUAAUAAUUAGUUUUUUCUUUGUUAAUUCAAAUACCACAAAUUCUCAUUCAUUACAAUAAUAAUACAAUAUACAUAUCUAAUUAACAUAAACAAUUUUUAUCUAUAAGCAUACACCCACACACUCAGGGUUGCGUAUACUACAAAAAGUAAAAUUAUAUAGGUAUAGGAGAAAUAUAAUGAAUUUUAACAAUAAAUGAUAAUUUCGAAUACUGCUGGUAUAAGAAUUAUAUUACAUUUGAAAUAAAUCUAGUCUGAUAUGUUAUUGCGGUGAUUAUUGUAAAAUGUCGGACAAACCUUUAAUAUUUCUACAAUAGGUGUCCUUUUAGUGAUACCACUUAACGGUUCGUUAUUUAUAAUCAUUUAUAAUGAUUUUAAUUAUUAUUAUUAUCUGUAUGUUUAUCCGCAUAUCGGUGGAAUUACAUGAAUCAUAUUUAAAGAACGUUUGAAACUUCAAAUUUUUAAAAUAUUUCAUAAAAUUGAAAAACGCAUUUUUUUUUUUUUUGGUAGAAACUGCAUUAUUAUUAGAUAAGUAUUAUAUUUAUUACAUGAAUUAUGAUUUUUUUUUUUAUACAUAUACAUUUAUAUAAAUAUAAUUGUUUUUGCCGAAUAUAAGAAUUUCUUCUUCUAAAAAUCAUCGUGUUAUUGGUGUUUUAUCUUUUCAACUGAUUUUAAAACCCUUCUGUUUUUUUUUACGUGAACAUAUUUUGGCUGGAUUGCUGUUAGAAAAACAGAAACGACAAAUAUCACUGUGUGAGACGUUCUAUUAAUAGCUAAUAAUUUCAUCGCGGCAGUAUACGAAAUUCAAAUGGCAUCAACGAAAUUCAAAAAAUUCGAAAAGAUCGAUUAUAAUCGUUAUAUAUUAUAUUGCAUAUAAUGAUUAAAACGUAUUUUAGUGAUUAUGCUUAUUUUGAAAAUAUCUACGAAUUAAUUAUAUAAUGCAAUUUGUAUACAUCUGUUUGUUAUUUAUUUUUUGAAAUGUAUGGUCGAACAUUAUAAUUAGCUGUAACCAUAUUUUUAUCUUAAUUUUUGUGGGUCACUUUAAUCGUUUCGAAACUGCUGAUAAGUGAUUAUAAUAAUAUAUUGGGAAAUAAUAUUAUAUGUAUUAUUAUAAUCUAUAUAAAAAAAAAUACCAUUUUUAUUGCCAUGAAGAUAAUAAAAUACUGUGAAAAUAACCGAGUAUAUAGGAGGUCACUAAAGCUCAAUUGUUCUGUUUUUGAAUUUUUAACUCAAUAAUUAUGUCACUAAUUAGUUAAACAUUUUUCGUAAUUCGUUACUCGAAAUUCGAAUUUUUUUUACCUUAUUUUAUCACCCAAAAACUAUCUUUUAAUUUUUGUUCGCGACCCCACAUUUCUCACAAAGAUAAAAAAUUUAAAUUUACCUACAAAGAAAUUUCAAAUCAAUGAGAAAUAAUAAGGAUGAAUUUGUUUUUAUUUGUUGCUCAUAAUACUUAUUAUAACAAAUUCUACCCUAUAGUCUCGCAUUGAUUUGAAGUCUCUAAUUUCAUAUUGAUCUAUGCCGGUGCUGAGGUGAGCUUCUCUUAGGAUCUGAGAAUUAAAAUACGAGUUUUGAAUAUUAAAAUGAGGUAACAAAUCUGAAAUUUCGGGUGAUAAAUAAUAAACAUUUCUGCUGGGUCGUCCUGUAUCGAUUUAAAGACCCUAAGUCUAUUGUUGACCUGUGUGCGUAUUGAGGUAAGCCUUCCCUAGCACCUGGAAGUAAAAAUAUAGUAUUUAGUUGUUAAAAUGAGGUAAAAAAUUUCGAAUUUUGAGUAACAAAUUACAAAUAAUUAUAACUAAUUCGUGAUAAAAUUCUCAUGACAAAAUUACAAGAUUGACUGUCAGAGUAUGUGAAGUGAGUACUAAUACAUCCGUUGAUGUUUUGUUUUACUUGAAAAAAAAAACAAUUCUAAAUGGUUUUCGUACUUUUCGAGCUGAACAGUGAUAAUAAAACCAAUAAAAGAAGUUAUAUGAAUUAUAGCAGUUAUACGGGUGCUAUUGCUUUAGUAAAAUGAUAGUUCAAGAAUAUAAUAUAGUUAAUAAUUCAACAAAUGCGAUUUUUAGUUACAUCACUUUUUCUGUAGUAAAAAUGCAGUUAUUAAAUAAAUUAAACUAGAAAAUAUGUAAGGUAUUUAGGAAUAUAUAAUAUUGAUGUAAAUGAAGUAUUACAGUAUUAUCUCAAAAUAAUACAGUGGAUAUUGAAUUAGAAUUAAUUUUAAUAUGAUUUGUGUCUAAGUUCACUAGUUAGUGUAUUAGGUAACUGAAAAAAAAAAAGAAAGUAAAUUUGGUAAUCAAAUUGUGUUUAAUUUAAUUUAUAAUUUACAUAAAUCUAAAAUUGUAUAAUGAUAGAUAAAUACUUUUUGUUUUUCAUGUAUUUAAAAUUGUGUGAAAGCUUCAAACACGCUUUUCUUAAAACAUGAUUUUUCGAAUUACCAUACUCUACCGGCAUUCUGAUGGUACAAUACCUAUAAUAAAUUAUAGUUUCACUAAACGACAUGAAGUGUGAUUGUAAAUUGCAGGUGUACAAUAAAAUGUACCCAGAAUUAAUUUCGUACAACAAAAAACAACUAAAAAAAUCCCGUCAUUAAAAAAAAAAAUACACAAUUCCUCUCCGAAUUUCUUUAAACGCAUUCCGAAAUCACGGCGAUUACAAAGUCAUUGUCCAUGGUCACGUGCAAUCAAUACAGACGGUUCUAGAUACGUGUACAUUAGCAAACAUUCAAAGUUGACUUUUUUCCCCCGCGUUCGUUUCAAACACGUUACACAGAAAUACAUUUAAAUCGUUCAACCCCGAAAUUGUUUCGUUUGGUAAUCGGAUACAAUAAUUUUAUACAUAGCUAUGUUAUAAUAGUCGCAUAAUCAUAUACAAUUGUUAGUAAUAACCAUUCCUAGUAUAGUGUAUAAUAUUCAAUCGAUAUUUUUCGAAUUAUACACCUAUAUUAUUAUGUUGUUUCGACCGCCGAACCCGACUACACCGCGCAGACGGUUCAUAGGGCAUUUAACAACAAAACGAUGGAAACAAAAACGACCGAACCGUAGAAUGAUAAUAAAUAAUGUUAUUGCCGCCUACCCUUGUUGUUGUCGAACGCGUAGUGGUUCCAGACGACUCGAAAGAUUAAAUCGGGGUCCGAUAUUUUAUAGGUACCUAAUAUAUAUAUAUAUACAUCAUACGAUAACAAUCGAGGGUUCGAAAUAAACAUUACCACCGUCCACUUUUAAAACGUUUCAUAUUCUGUAAAAUGACAGCUGCUGGUAUAUUUUAUUGUCGUUACGCCGUCGCUGCACCGUGUAAAAUACAAACAGAUUUUUUGAAAAUAAUAAGAAGUUAAGGUAUAAUGUGGAUUUAUUGUUUGUUGCAGACAUGCAUUAUGUUUGAACAGGUACGGGGGUGGGAAGGCAAAAACUGAGAACAAAAACCCGGGACCUAUGCUGAGAGUGUUCGCCCUGUCCUAUAUAAUACAAUAAUAAAAUAUAAAGUGACGAUCGCAGGACGUUUAAGUUACAAUGAUAUUUCUUCUUCUUCUUCUUCUUCUUCUUUUUCUGCUCAACAUUUCAUUGAAAAGUUACAGAUAAACUACCUACAUAAUAUUAUAUACUUUCAAAUAAUUUCUAAAAUAAACGAAAUCGUCUUGAUAUAUUAUUACCAUUGCUCGUUCACAUCAUUUAUGCAACUAAAACCAUAUUAGUAAUACUAGCUAUUGUAUUUAUUUCAGUCAUUAUAAUUAAUAAAAUUCACAAUUUUCAUAAGAACUCCGAUUUAUAAUAUGUAUAUUUUUUUAAAUAUUUUAAAUGUUUUAUUUUAGUGCAUUUAUUUUAAUUUAUAUCUAUUUCCCUAUACACAGUAAAUACCAAAAAAAACAAUAUAAAAGGUAUAAACAUAUUCUACACAAGGCACAAGAUAAAGAUAUUAUAGUUUUUUGUAGUUAGUAAUUGUAACGGUAUAUCUAUCGUUACUCAGUUUCACUGAGUCGUCAAAAUAUUUUCAAAAAUAAUUCAUAGGAACAUCACUAUAUGUAUAUUUCUUGUAUCUAUAUUACACCAAAAUGUAUUUAUAAUUCUAUAUAAUAACCGUACGGUCAUUAAUACGGCAGUGACGGUUAGAUUAUUUUCGAUUUUAUUUAUUUUUUUUUUUGUAAUUCGGUUAAAAAUAUUCAUAGAUAUCUGAAAUUUGCACAGAAUACUAGUUGUAUUAGUCUUUUAAUCACCAAUGAGCAAGUUUUCUAUCACACGCCAGCGCCAUUUCAAUGUCGAAUUCCAUCGUCGGUUUGUUAAACCGAAAAAACCUUACCAAAUAAAAAUUAUGUCAAAAAAAAAAUCACAUAAUUUAAAUAUCCAUCAAUAGCUCAACGAUGGCUUCAAUGUUUUAAAAUUUUUACCACGUCUAGAAUAGGCAAAUAUAAGGUUAUGAAUUAUAGGUAAUUCUAUGAUUCUGACCUCAAUUUUAAGUAAAUAUUAUUUUGUACUACAAAUAUUUUGUCUAGAGUAUAGGUACGAGUACAUUAAUGAUGUCACAAUGAGCACUGUACAUUCGUUUUCCCGGGGGCCUCGGCCACCUCUGCGUCCCUUAAUAUGGACUCCCUAUACUAAUCUCAUACGUGCGCACGGGGUGGCAGGAUGAAAAGCUGUCCUUCUUUUAGGCUAGAUUUUUCUCUCAAAACUAUACAAUUUCAAUUAUUACGUAUAUUAAAUAGGUAAUUAAAUGAAUGGUAUAUAAAAUUAAAAUACUUCCGUCACUAAUAUUAAUUGAACUAACUAAUAACCAAAAUAAUAUUCAAUUAUAUCACUUAUAAUAUAUAAUAAAUUGUUACAUAAAAUUAUUAUUAAUAAUAUAUAAAUUCUCCCCCGUCCCCUGCAGCAAGGUUUGUGCACACCUAUGAAUACUUGAAAAUAUAAUACAAGGUUCAUUAAAAUUUGUUCUUAGUAAACACAAAAAAGUUGAUUGUAAUAAAGUAGUUUUUUUUUUUUUUAUACACACAAAUAUUAAAGAUCAAAUUUUGACGAAAAUCGUAAAAACUAAGACAUUCAAAAACAUAUUUACCGGAACUCCACUCAGAAUCGUAUUUGGUUAACAAUGAUUUAUCGUUGCGUACAGAUAUGAAUUAAAUAAUAAUUUUAUGUGUUUUACCUUUCCAACAGGGCCCUGGCUGGGUACGCCAGAAGCACACCAAUCAGUGGUAUCAAAUUGUAUUUUUUUUCUUAAAUUAUAUUUUAUUUCUCCGUGCAAAUUGAGAUGAGUGUACAAUUAUGUACGAACGUGCUUAUAUUCACUCGGCGUGUCUAAAAAUAUUAUUUUUGUCUCUAUAGAAACGUCGUCGGUGGUUCGAAUCGUACGACGAUGCCGACGACAAAACAAGACACGCACGUGUCAUCGUUUCCGACGGCGCGGCGACGUUAUAAUAUUUUUAUUUUAGUCGUCUGUUGAACGAUUACCGUAUACGUACACGCGGCCAUACGGGGGUCGUCGAGUACGCCGUGGAGUAUCCCAAGCGGAGCCACCGUUAUUCUCAUAGUUUUCAGUCGUUACUAUUGUUUAAAUUAAAAUUCAUUUUAGCCAUUUUGACAAACAGACUGUUUAUUUUUUCUAAUAAAAUAUUAUAUUUUCCGACAUUGGGAGCGUGGACGAUAUCUGCGGAGAUUUAAUUUCAUCAUAGACAAUAUAGAAAAAAAAACCUAUCUUUGCGGUAUCAGGCAUUGUGUGUAUUAUGUAGUAAAUGACAGCCAAAUAGGUACCUCAUUUCUCAGAAAUUGAUAGGUGUAUUUUAAUUGUUUUCAUUUGGUCAUUCAAAUAAAUUUUCAUUAAAAAUAUUAGGUUUCGGAAAAAAAAAUAUUAGAAUUAAAUAUUCGAUAACUUAUUCGAACUAUUGGAAAAUACUGAACGUAUAAACUAUUCGAUAGUGUCCAUCACACAAAUAAUAUACUGGUAAUAAUCGUGUACCUAGGAGCGUGUAUUAUUGUCAUAGAAAAUACAUAAAGGAUAAGACAUGCUUAUAACAAUAACCCAUGGAGUUGCUUGCCAGAGAAUUCCAGAGUUACCGCGUUUCUGGUUACAUUCAUUUCAGUGACAUCGAUUUUUUAUCAAAAUAAAAAUACAAAGAAAAAAUAUUUUUUUUUAAAUUUUAAGUUUAUUGAUUUCUACAAUGUUGUACUUUUUUUAGUUUUAAUUUAAUUUUAACAAUAUCAUGAGCUUUUCUUAUUUCCACCAUUUUUAAUUAUAAUGAUACUAUGAUAUUGAUGGGUUCUUAAAACACUUUUUUAUAUAAAGUAGCUUUGUGCAUUUUUUUGUAGUUUAUAUUUAAUCAUUACAUUCAUUUAUUGGUAUUUACAGAUCAAUCAAACACAUUACAAAAACCACUACAAUAACUAUCACUUAUAAAUAUGUGAUUAUUCAAAAAAAAAAAAAAAAUAAAUUUAGUAGGUAUUAAUUUAUGAAUGAUAAUGAACAAAAUAACCAUCAAUAAUUUUACUAGAAUAUAGAAUAUAUUUCCAUAAUGUAAAAUAUUAAAAUAAUUUGGUUAAGGUCAAAACUGGUAGAAAAUAUCAAACAACAACGUAUUCAGUCAUACAAAAAAAUUAAUUAGAACUAGAUGAAUAUUUUAAAAGACAUACGAUACGUUAGAUUAAGGGCUUUUUGACUUAAUUUUUGCUUUUGUGAUGGUUUUUAAAUACCUACUUAAAUUUCCAAUUAUACAAAUAAUAUAACGAUAUAAAAGACAUCCUAGGAUAAUGGAAAUAGGUGCAGCCACUGUUACAAGUCAUUUAAUGUAUAUCUGUUAUUACCAUUGCUAACGAAAAAACGAUUCUGAGCGCAGUUCAGUGGAUAGUGAUGUUUUGUUAACACUUAUAUAAUAUACAUGUCAUAUUAUGGUAAAAUAAUUAAAUAAUCAUUUUAUAUAAUCUUUAUAACAAUAUUUGUUUAAUAUUGUACCGAUUUUCCUGUUAUUCCUGGUUUUCUCAAAUUUCCUGAGAAAAAUCUUGGGAAAAUCGAAAAAUGACCUUCUUAAAACACUUUCCUAGUCAGAUUUAUUUUAAGGAAAAGUACUAUAAUUGUAAAUCUGAGUAAAAUUCCUAGUAGAAAAGUUGUCUACAGAAAAAAAAAAUCGUAUUAUUUUACUAAUAUAUUACGUAAAUUUCCCGGUUUUUCUCUGUUUUUCACGAUUUUUUUCAAAUAUUAUGAAAACCGCUUGAAAAAUGAAAAACCGACCUCCCUAAAUUACCAUGGAGAUGAAAUUCUAUUUCAAAAAAUAAGCUACACUUGACACAUCAGAGCAAGAUUUCUGGAAGAAAAGUUUGCACAACAAAUCGGUGGGAUAUUUUGGGAUUAAAAUAGUCCAAACGAGCGACAGCUGGGUUUCUAAGUACACCUAAAAUGCAUUUGUUUUUUUCCCUGUUUAGUUAAAAGAGGAAACAUAAGUGCAAACAAUUUUUUUCGAAACACGGGUUUGAACUCGCGACCCCUAGGAUGACAAUAGAUAUGUAUAACCAUUCGUGGCUACGACAAACAUAUUCUAAAGAAGACAAUAUAGUGUUAUUUAACAUAACAUAUAAUAUCUUCAAUAAUAUCAGAACUUCUAUGAGCUAUAAUUUCGAAACUUAUACAGCGGUCUGUUUUUUUUCCCUAUAAAUUAAGACUUUUAAUGAAUAUCCUGUUAAAUUUUCUCGCAUUUCUGUUAAAUUUAACAAUUUUAUCGCAGAAUAUCGAAUAAAAAUUACAUACAAAACUCACAAAAUUAAAUGUCUAUAAAUAGCUUAAAAAUGGAUUAAAUUUAUUUAGAGUUUUACCACGUUUAGAAAAGAUAAAUAUAAUUUUUUUGUCUUAAUGUCAAGUCUCUAUGAAUAUUUUGACUGAAUUACAACAAAGAAUAAAAGCAUUAUUUUCGCGAGGUUUUUUUUGCGUCUUAUCCAUGUUUUUCCCAGAUAUUAUGAAAACCACACAGAAAUUUAAAAGUAUCAUCUGGACAACAUCCCCUUUCAGAAAUAAUGCCACGCGUAAAUAUCUGAGCAAGUUUUCUGUUAACAUUUUUGUACACAAAAUAAAAAAAAAAAAAAAUGAAAUAAACAUCUUAGUAAAACCAAUCGCUACACUCAGAAUCUAAUAUGAAAAUAUAUAAUGUAUAAUCAAAUUUUGUAUAAAAUAAUAUGGAAUCAAUAAAACAACAAUUUUUAAUAUGCAGUAACAUUCAUUACUUAAAACUGUAGUAAUUAUAAUUAUAUUGUUUUAGUUUAAGAGAAAAAUCAAUUUGUACUUUUAAAUUAAAUUAAAUAAACUCUAGAAGCCCUUAUUAUGGUACACAUAAUAGUUAAUAAUACCUAUAGUGUAAACAAUGUAUUUUUUAAAACAAAAUUACAGUAUCAUAAAAUUCGUUUAAAAUAUCCAUUGAAUAUCUUACAUUUUUACAUAUUUUACUCCUACUUUUGUUUAAAUACUUAUUGUUUUUUCCCAAUAUCUACCAUUAAAAAUUUAAUUCACUUUCGAUUAAAAAAUUCAAAUCUAAUUUUUAUACUGUCGAAAGUUAAUAAUAUUAAUAUUAGGUACAUAAAUAUUGUGCAAUAAUAUUGCAUGCAAUUUAAAUUAUGAAUAAUAUAGCCAUUAGUCACUCUCUAUUUUAUUAUUAUAAGACAUUAGUAUCACAAUAAUAAUAUCAAUUUCAAUUACACUGUACAUAAUAAUAUAUUAUUUUUAAAUAAACAAAACUAAAACACUCACAUUAUAGUGAAAUCAAUUGAUCCGUCGUUAUGUUUCGAACCUAAAAACCCAUAGUCGCAUAGCACGGAUUCAUAUGCACUAAGAAAUAUUAAAAUAUGGCAUAUAUUAUAAUAUUAAUAUUUAGUAAUAUCUUGAUAAAAAAAAAAAAAAUGUUUUUGAAAAUACAAGUUAUUAUUGUAUUUUCGGAUGAAUGUAUAAACUAUACAGUUCUUAUAAAGACAGCAUUCAACGUUUAAAAAAAUGGUCGCUUAGAAAAAGUAUCUAGAUAAAAUCGCGUUCAAUAAUCAUAGAAUAUACGUUUUGAGAUAAGAUUUUUUGACGCACGGUUUUUUAUAAUAAAGAUAUUCAAAAACGAUCAUGCUUACAUCCGCUGCUUUUGAUAAAAAUCAAAUUACUUUUGUGUUGAUAAAUAAAUAUUAUUUUUUGUUUAUAUUAUACGAAACGGUUUUCGUUUUGUUUUUGCAGCGAACCGCCAUUGGUCGAGAAACUCUAUGGUUAACCGGCCGGCAGAGCCACUUCCGCUGAACCUAAUAUCGAUGGACUAUUGCUUCCUGAAGAACGGCAAAAAACACCACACUGACAUGUAUUACUGCAUGAAGGAACGCCGGAAUUCAACGCUGGUAGUGCGCAGGGGCAUGCCGAUUUACUUUGAAUUGACAUUAAACCGACCGUUCAACAUCAAUACCGACCAAAUGUCGUUCAUAUUCAAAUUAUUCGGUAAACGAGAUAAUCUAACCUAUUUGGCACUAUUUAAAAUUAUUAAUUAUUAUAUAAGCGCGUUUUUUGAGGAACUGGAGAAAUAUCGUUUGAACAGACCACGUCACGUCGUGUAUACAUUUUUAUGUGGUACCUAUGCUAAUAUUAUUUUGGUCCUAAAAAUGCCGAUGUCAAUGUAAACCCUCGUACACUCGUGAAAUGCCAUUGGAUCGACGAUUUGUAUACUUAUUUCAGUGAUGGAUUUACGGGUAUCGGAGCUUAGACCACCUGGACACCACCACCAUACACCAAUAUAAUUUUAAUAAAAUAUCGUUUAAAAAACAUUCAUCCAUUGACAACAAUUCCUUUAAAAUACAUAUUAUGUCUUUUCGGAACCUCCCGCCACUCACAGAAAAUUUUCGAAAAUUCGACACUGACUUAUUUUAUAGGAUGUUUCUGGUACGUAAUUCCCCCCCCCCUGGUAUAUAAUUAUAUAUAUUUUUAUAUAAACUAUUUAUAUACGAGUAGAGUCUUUCUCACCACAAACUUGCUUAAAGAGCAACUCAUGUAUACAUUUUUAAUUUGAAAUUGUACCUCUAAUAUUUUUUUUUGUCUGUGAGCAAUUUUUCUACCAAAAAUCUGGCUCUGAAGUUCAAAUGUAGCACAUUUUCUGAAAGGUUGUUUUGUCAAUUUAGUGCAUUAGACAUGACAUUUUUUGAUUUUCUGAAGAGUUUUCAAAAUAAUUGGAAAAAACCCGAAGAGACAUUAUAGGUUUAAAUACAAAAAACAUUAUUUUUGCAAUAAUAUUGUUAUAAAUUAACGGCCAUAAAGUUGGCACCACUCAUAUCUUAUACACUUAUGACAUAAAUAAUAAUAUUAUAAAAUAAAAUGUCCUAGUCAUACGUGCAUUAUAAAAGCAAAAUAAUAAUAUUAUGCACGUUACACCUUAAUGCAACUCGAACGUGUAGACAAGGGCGUCCAUCUUCAAAAAUCCAAGGGGAGGACACUGUAUUUUUUCAAUAAUACUUCCUAAUCACCUAUGUUAUUUUGAUUUUUCCAAUAUGUUGUCAACAACCGUUGGGAAACCAUUAAUGAAAAUAAUCCUGCCAUAUAAUAUAUUAUAAUAUAUGAUGAUCAAUUUUUCAUUUAUUCCACGUAUUUAACAUAAAUUAUAAUAUUUUAUGGAUAAAUGCAUAAUAGACACGGAAAACCGGUGGUCAUAUCCCGUCCUUAUGCCCCCCCCCCCCAAAUAGACGCGUGUGGCCAACGAAAUAGUUGUUUUCCCCUUUUGUCGCCCAGUUAGGUAAUCCUGUAUUAUUUCCGAAUUAUUUCUUCACGUUGAGACUGCGAUAAAAUAUAUUGUAUGCAAUUAUCAUGUUCUAUGGAAGAAAAAAAAAAAAAUCAAAGAAUAUAACUUAGGUACUUAUUUACAAUAAUCAAAAAAAUAUUUUAAGUGUUUUAACUCAUAAUUGUAUACAUUAUUUGUAUAAUUCCUUUUUUAUAAAAAAAAACCUUUGCAUAACGUAGAAUAAUUCGUUGAGGGUAAUCAGUUUUCCGCAUAGUUAUAAAAUAUAAUAAUAACUAAUAAGUCAUAGACGCCGACAAAUUUCGCAAGUCACUUUAUCACAUAACUCUAGUUAUUACUUAAUACAAACAUUGUAUUUUAUAUGAUAGUAAAUCAAAUAUAUUAAAUUAAUAAUUAAAUAAUUAUAUUAAAUAAAUUAAAUUUGUUUCGUACAUUUUAUCUAUUGAUCGUCAUUUCUCCACUAAAUGUUAAAUAAGUGUUAAGCAUAAUAUAGUAAGAGGACAUUUGAUACCUAAAAUACACCAAAUAUAUGUUAUUCAGUGUCUAUUCGUAAGCUGGAAGUACUCUAAUAAACUCUAACUGUACAAAUUGAAUUUAUUCGAACUCUGCUUUUUUGGGUGCCUAGCAAUAACUAUGUUAUACAAUUGUUAAACUAAUUAAACUAUAUUUAUGACAUUUAAUUUCGAGUAAGCACAUAACAACUUUUUUUUUUUUAAUGUUACCCCCCACCUUUUUGGGCAAUUAUUUUUACUCUUAUAUUUUUUUUCAUACAUUUUAAUGGUAAACCAACUUCAUAUGUUAAAAAAUUACCGUGUUAUGAAUAUUUAAAUAUUUGAUAUUAAUUUUACCUAAUAUUAUUUUUGGAUAUUUUUGUAUUAUUCACUCAUUUUUUUCAAUUCACAAAUAACCUUCAAGACAAUUUUAUUUAUAUUAUUAGUUAUUUUAAGUGAUUCUAAGCGAUUCUAAAUAUUUUUAAAAGUUGUUCGGUUAAAUAUGAAAAUAUGUGUUCAGAAAAGGUGCUACACUUAAAAUUCGUAUUAAGCUGUCUAGUAAAAAAGAUCUGUACAGAUAGAAAAAAAUUCGGACAUAUCCUAUAAAACCAAUUAAUCAUUCGCCGUGCUCUGCAGAGUCUUAAAUGUAUUUAAUGAAUAAAAUAUUAACAGUUGAAUACCGUUGAGUGUCGGCGAAUAUUAUUUUUCAGUCAAACUAAAAAGUUUAAAAAUUCAACACGAGGUUUAAUAUAAUUGUAGUUAUAAUAAUAACAAAAACAUAAAAUACGUGAUUAAGUACAAAUUUUUACGAUAAUUGUAAAAAUGUUGGCAUUUCAAAACAUGUUUAGCUAAACUUUGCUAUUGUAUAAACUUUCGUCAUUAUUUAUUUUUGAAAUAAACAUUGAUUUAUUGUUGGAAAUAAAUAUAAAUUAAAUAACUUUAUGUAAUUUACCUUCUUAACUUACCCUUUACAACAGUUGUACACCAAAAGCUACAUCAGCUAUUUUUUGUGUCCCUGAACUAUUUUUCUACCAGGAAUCUCGCAUCAAUUAAAAACUUUAUCUAAAUGUAUUGAGAAGCUCAUUUGUUUUUUUGUAGUUUAUCUCAGAAACUGAUACCUUCUGGUUUUCACGGUUUCGGUACUUAAUUAUUUUAUUAAGAGGUUCUGGUUUCCGUUCAGAUUUAUGACAAUUUUUAUUUAAGGGUUCUAAUUUCGAUUGUAGUUUUUUGGAUUUAAUCUUAAAUUUAAGAUUUUAAGUUAGGGUUCUAGUUAAAACCAGUAAUUCUAAAAAUGUAUACAUUUUUAUUUGUUCGUGCACGGCCUUUUGGUAGUUAAGUGGCAUUGCUCAUGUUCCCUACGAAGGGGAACAUGGCCUACGGAUGACGAUGACUCACCGUGAGCAACUUUCCGUUAUACAGUCCACUGUCGAUGACCCUACAAUUUGACAACCUGAUGCAACUAGCUGUUUGAAUGACAGCUAAACCAAUAGGUAUGUUGAUGUAUUACAGAACACUAAUUCGCUGUCGAAACAGAGUGCGUUUGUCAUUUGUUGACAAUAGUCGAUAAAAUAAUAAUACUGUACUGUUGUAACUUAUUAGUAUCUAUAGAUUAUUUUUAUUUUAACUUAAAUACACAAACAUAGAGUUCAUAAGUAUUAGGUCAUAACAUUACUUAUCAGAUAUCAUUAUUUCACAAGAAAUAAACAACUCUAAAUAAAAAUAAUUUAUCAAAGCAGUCGUAUUUUAGUCUGUGGUAUAAGCAAUAUAGCCGAUCAAUUGAACACAUUCUACGAAAGAAAAACAAAAUUAUUUAUCAAUGUUAAACCCGUUUUUUUAGUUUAAAAAUAUGGGUUUCGAUUCCGGUUCCGGUUAUUUGAAAAUAUUUAAAUUCGGUUCCGGUUUCUAAUAUUUUAAGGGUUUUCGGGUUCCAAAACCGGUUCUUUUCGGUUCGGUUCCAGUCCCUGGUUUGUCUAUUAAAUCGGAAAAACUGGCAGUUAUCGGUAUAUUUUUUGUUAAUCUUUGGGUUACCUUGGUAGAAGGAGAAAAAACGCGAACAAUACGCUGCUCAGCAUCAUUUUUCAUUAGCAAUAGUGUAUUGUCGUGUACAAAUUUAAAUUGAAUUACUCUAUGUAUUCACUACUCAAAAUUCUCUCCUAAGAUAGUAGCAUACACAUCAGCUGUAUCAGUUUUUUGUUUUUUAAAAAAUUCGAAAUAAAUUAUUUGUUUUGAUAGAAUCGUUUUUUCUAGAAAAUAACAACAUGACCCGUUAAUUAAUUGACCAUUUAAACAAGUUAGAAUAAUCGUUUAAAACGCACGAUUAUUAUGCCUAAAAAGGUUAAAACCUUAAAAUUGUUAAAAUAUGGUGCAAUUAUAUGCUAGAGAGUAGAUACGAAAAUCACGUAAUAAUUAGAUAUUGUAAAUUAUUAAUUAUCUUCAGAAUCAAGUCUGUAAUGUACAUUGCAAUUUUUCGAUCUGUGACAAAAUAUAUGUUAAGUAUAUGGAAUAUUUUUUUUUUUGUGCAUUUCUUUCUUAAUAACUUAAAAUAAAAUCAAAUUAAUUUUAUUGUCAAAUAAUUGUAUAUUUAACUUUUACACUAAGCAUCUGCAAGUGUUCUCGAACCGCAACUCUAUAUCACUCCCAUUAUACGUAUUAUAAUAUUAUACGCCACUUCAAAAUAUUAUCUCCUCUAUCGUUUCGCCUCUGGUAGCUGUAAUGUAAACAUUUUAUUUUUGUUCCAUUUUGAUUAUCUCUUUAGGUAAAUAGUAAACAAUACUUACUAUUUCAAUAACUGAUGUACCCACGCAGUGGCUAUAUCAUUAAUUUACCGUACAUAGAUAGGUACUAUUAUAAUAAUAUAAAGUGCCUACGGUUAUAUGUUUACAUGUUAAAAUGGUUUAAAAUUGAAACUUAUUCUUGUCAUGUAAACACUUUGAAAUGAUUUAAAAUAACAAUCAGUUUUUAUAUUCUAUAUUCAGUUUAAUAUUCUUUAUAUUUCUUUUAUAUUCUAAGAAUUUUUAGAUUUGAAGCGUAGUGAGUUUUAAUAUGACGUGUGGUUUUUUCCAUUUAGAGAAAAAACUCCUGGGAAAAUCAAAAAAAUUACCUUCAUAAAGUAUCACCCCAGUCGGAGCAAAAUUGUCGGUAGAAAAGCUGUUCACAAUAAAAAAAUAAAAAAAAUAAACAUCAUUGUAAAACUAACCUUCUGAUUACACAAUCAAGAGAUAAUUUCUAAUGAUAAAUCUCAAAACAAACGUCAUCACGGGAGCAGACAGUUAUUUACAAUUUAAUUUUCUCGAAAUCGAGUUUAUGUUUGUUAGUUGCAACUAGUAGGGUGCCGAAGAGUUUUUCGCUCGUGGUAUUAUAAUUUAUAACAAUGUAUAAUAUCUCAUUGUGAAAGACGUUUUUUGGUGAUGUUUGAUGUCAUAAUACUAUAACAUAAUCGUAAAUUAUGAUAAAUAGAUAUUUACCAUAUUGGUAUAUACUGCAUGACGUAUACCUACGUGAUACACCUAACUGCAUAAUAAUUGUUAAUAUUCGCAUUAGGUCAAACAUACAUAUAAAUCUAAUAACCAAACCGCAUAUCAUACCUACCUAUUAUUUAAUCGAAUAUUGCCGUGGUGCUCUACUACGACCUCGAUUAUACGACGACUUGGACGUGGAUAUUUACUUAUGUAUAUAUAUUUUUAGCCGUUAUAUACAGGCAUUUUUGAAAGUUUUAAGUACCUUGUACCUACCUACCUACCUACCUACAACCUACCGAUUAAUUUUCAUUUACAGAUAUCAUUCAAUCGAAUUAAUGUGUUUAAAAUGUUUGAUUCUAUGUUGGACGAGUGAAUUUUCGUCGGAACAACGUGUACUUACCUCAUAAAUAUAUGUGUUGUAAAUUGUACCCACCAUAUUAUCAGAACUAUGGCCUGCAUUUAAAUUCAUUUAAGUGAAUUUAAAUCGGUCAAAAUAUACCCCCUUAUAAAAAAAAAAAAAAAAAAAAAAAAAAAACAAACAACCGAAAAUUCAUUAUGAUAUUAUGUAUACAUAAUUUCAUUGAUGAAAGUCGGAUAGGACUUUCCAGGUCAGUGUCAUAUUAUCACUGUACUCGGAUCUAUUAAAUUAUAUUAGGUACCUAAUAACUACAUACUACGCAUAAAUUUCGAGUUGCAACGGUCGUGAUUUAGUAAUAAUUGUACGCGCCAACUCAAAUGCAUAAUAUUAUUAUUGUUAUUUAUAUAAGUAUGUAUACCUACUUGAAACUAUUAUAUUAAGCAGUGGGUGUUGUUCUAAUAUUAUAAUAUGUUCUUGUUGUGUGCGAGUUGCAUUUCCCGUUCAAUUCAUUAUUACAACACGUCUUUAUUACAAGGAUUUAGUUUAUAAUAUUAGCAUGUAUUAUUUUCGUCGAUGAUGCCGUAAAAAUAAACACGUGUCAGUGUCAAAACGGUAAUUUAAAUAUUUUUUAAGUAUUAUUUUUAUUAUUAAAUAGUACGUCUAUCGCGACAAACUGACUGCUCAGGUUUAUUCGUAAACAAAUUUGUUUGCGAUUCAGAAAACAUUUUAGAUUCGGAGCGUAUAGCGAAAAAGCUAUAAUAUUAUAGUUUUACUAAUAUGUGGACUUUUGAUCGCAUGACGGUACUUAUUUGAAAACUGACAACCGAAAUAUUAUAACGAUAUGUUGGUUUUAUUUUUGUUGAUUUCUGGGUUACCUUACUUGCCUUUCAAGGAAAUAAAAUCACGUUCGAUGCUAUAUUAUAUUACAUUACUACAGUAUACCAAGAUCUAAUCAGAAUAGGUUUUUGAUUGCAAUGAUGCUUACACUCGCUUUCAGUAGAUUAUAAACUAAAUUAAUCUAUAUCCUAAUCCUAUACCUUAUUUUCUCUUUACAACAAUGGUCUACCCAUGUAUGAACUGCACAAUAUAUGUAUGUCGUCUGAAUAACCGGGCGAUUUAUAUCUAUAGUAAUUUUAUAACUCUAUUUUUGGCAACAUAAAAAAUAUUUUCAAAAAAAAAAUUUUAAAAAUGGUGAAAAAAAAAAUACUCGUCGUAUAUUUAAAUAAACAUAAUUAUUGUUCUAAUAAGUUUGAGAUUUGUGAUUAAAAAUUUGUUAUGAGCUUGUUUCCUUACUUGUUAUUAUAUAUCAUACAGGUUGGUUCAAUAUGAAUAUUACAGCUAUAAUACAAUAAUACAUCACGUAAAUAUAAAAAAAAUUACAAUAAAAAAGUUGUUCGAUUUAUAAACAAUUAAAAUAAUUUUUAAUUUAGGUAGGGGGAGACUAGUGGAAUACUAUUCAAACGCCGCGCACUGUGCCACCAUACAUAAAAGUGAAUACAUAGUGUUCCACGUACUUAAAUUAAAAAGUAGAAUAUUUCGUCAACGGGUUGUCGAGAUAUUUCAUCAUCAAAAUGUAUGUGAACUAAUACUCUAUUUAUUUACGGAAUUCUGAAAAAAAAGGUUCCCAUUUGAAUUUCAAAAGUUGACCACAAAAGACCACUUCCAAAAAAUACCGCAGAAAAAAAAGUUCAAAUUGUUUUAGAUGUUUAUAAAUUGAAAAAUGUUUGUAUUAUAAAUUUCCUUUAUUUUCAGUAUUUAAAUAAUAAAGUGGCUGUAACGUAUAUUUUGAUCCACCAUCUAUACUAUAUUAUUUACAUAAAUAAAUAAAUUCUAGUUUAUUUUAAAAUAAAUAAUCUAUUAACAGUAACAUAAAUAAAUAACAUUAGAUAUAUGUAUGAUUUAUUUAUUUAUCAAAACAAAUAUAUCCAUAAUGUAUAAUAUCUAUUAUUAUUUUGACCCGCUACCCACACAACUGCCUAUUAUUAAUAAUGCUUUUUUUUUAUUUAUUUAUUUUUUAUUUUACGUAGAAUUUUCCGCGGUGAAAAUAAAAAAAUAAAAUUCCUUUUAUUAUUCGCAUCUUUCAAUAUUGUAUUAUUGGUAUAUGCAUAUUCAAGACCAACAAAACACGAAUUAAUAAAUUAUUGUUAAUUUAAAUUUGUUUACCUUGAAUAAUAAAAAUAAAUAGCCAAUAGCAAAUAUCGUAUGAUAAUGUGAUAGAUUAGAGAGGUUAAAAAUAGCUUGACUGUAUUAUUUUAAUUCAUAAAAAUGAUAGCACUUUGAACUUGUAGUGGAAACACAUCUUUUUUACGUGUUUGUUCAAAACUUCAAAUCAUUCAAUAUUAUUAUUAAAGUUUGAAUAUUAAAGUAUAACAAUGAUUAUACUCUUGUUAUUGACUUUAUGAAUAAAAUGUUAUAAAAAAAUUGUCCGCGUAAAACGGUUGAAAAAGACUCUAUUUUCAAAUGUAAUACGGCAUUGUCGGCAUUGGCAUUAAUAUUAGAACAAAAACAUAAUACUAAUAAAAAAGUUAAUAUUAUUAUUUGUAUGUAUUUUAAUGGUAAUAUGACUAAAAUUAUGGAAGUUUUCUUUAUAUAUAUAUUAAUACAUAUAAAUAAAUAAUAUAAUAGUAUUAUAGUAUGGUAAAAUAGUUAUUUAUGAUAUUAUUAGAUAUACUACACCUAGAUGGUAUAUACUAAUAAGUAACUAUUGUUAAAAAUGAUUUGAUAUGAAUAUUAUUAGGAGGUUAGUACUCGUAAUUAUUUUUCGUAAUAGGUAAUGAUAAUAAUUUUGUUAAUAAUGUAUUUAUAUUGUUGAAAUAUAUUUUAUUAUACUCUAAAAUUUUUUUUAAAAAAGUUUUUUUAUUUUUUUUCAUGGUCUGACAUUUGGUUAUUAUAUUUUCUUUUCUAUAGGUAAAUAUCGUUCUAAUAUUUAAAUAAAAUUGUAUAAUGUAUUUCGUAAGUUCAUAAUCAUGUUCCGUACAGCCAACUUUAGACCCAAUGCCUUGAAAAUUACUCCAUCCGUAUCAAAAAACUACAUGUUUAUAAUAGGUUUAAGUAAAACUUCCUAAUUGAAAAUUUUAACUAAGUAUAUUCAGGCAUAAACUUAUGUAAAAAUUAGAAGCAGUAACGCAAUUUCAAAAGUUUAGAAAUAAAAUACGAAUAAAGAGAAAUUUCACGAAAUUAAUUUAUUAAAAGGAGGUAUUUUAGAAAUAAAUGUAAAUAAAUAUAUUAUAAUAUUUUAAUUUUGAAUUUCGUGAAUUACGAAUUUUUCCAACUAUGUCUAGUAUAGGAGUUAACACUAUAUCAAUGUUAAAGAUUACCUACUUUACUUGGAGUUUACUAUCUUUUCGAGCAAAACCAUGGGAGUACAACAUGUAUACAUCUUUGAUUUCAGAGAAGAAGGGUUUAAGUGAGUUGACAUUGUAAAAUUAGGAGUUUGUGUUUUUAUUAUGUUGACAUUCGUCCGCCAAAACUCAACCCUCUAGCGUUUUUCACCACCGAUGAAAACGUGGCUUAUCACAGCCGAGCGACUAUACUCUAUUUCGAAACAAUGAAUAUUUAACCCGACCGAAAAUGCUGCGGAAUAUGCGGUAAAGAACGCCGUGUAUAGUCCCGGCCUGUUAUAUAAUUUUAACGUAAAUAAAAUCGUAAAUAUUACAACCAUUCAGAACAUAAUAAAUAACUGAACUUUGCUCAAAAUCGUUUUUCGUUAGCAAAAGUUUAUCGUUGGUUACAAAUAUAAAUUAAACUAAUUUACGUAUCUUACCUUUCUAAUUUCUUACCUGCAACAUUGGUAUACUGGUCAUCAGUAUCAGCUAUUUUUUUAAUUUGUAUUUUUGGUCUACAUUUCAUAAUCUUAAAUAAAUCGUACAAAAAAAAAUACCAAAAAUCCACUUCAGUCUUUCUUCCCUAAGACAAUAUAUAUGUAUCUAUUAUACAGUGGAAUAGUCCCUUUAGCGGGGAAAAUCCGAAAAAAUUAAAAUUUAAAAACAAUAAGAAAUAAAAUGUAUGACGUAGAUACAAUUGCGGAAGAAAAAACAUUGUUCAAAGUGUCUACGACUUUGUAAGUGAUAUACACAUUAAGAUAACAAAGCAAUAGAACAAAAAAGCUGUCCUAGGAUAAAGGAGAUAGGUGCAGCUACUGUUGUAGGUGGCGAGUUGAGAAGGUAGAAUAUAGACGGGAAUUUAAUGUAUAUCUGUAAGCAAGAAAAACCGAUUCCGAGCAGAGUACAGUUGAUAGUGUUGAUUUGUCAUCAAUAUAUAUGUCAUAGUAAAGUAAAAUAAUUAAAUAGGCAUUAUAUAUUUUCUUUAAUAAUCGUAUAAUAUUGAACCGAUUUUCUAGUUUUUCCUACGAUUUUUCCUAUGUUUUCCUUCGGUUUUUCACAUUUUUAAGGAAAACUCCAGGGAAAAUCAAAAAAUUACCUCCUUUAAUUACCUCUUUAGUCAAAUUUACUUUUAGAAAAAGUGCUAUCAUUAUAAGUUAGAGCAAAAAUUGUACGUAGAAAAGUUGUUCACAGGAAAAAAAAGAUGCCGUAAUAUUCUUUAUACUUUUAACCUAACCUAACCUUACCUACAUUUGGUACAUUUUCGUUCAGUUUGUCUUGGUUUUUUUAAUAUGUUGAGAAAACUCUUGAAAAAACCGAAAAAUGAUACCCCUAAAGUUCCGCCCCAAUCAAGUUUUCUUUCAGAAAAAAUGAUACACUUGUAAUUUGGAGCAAUAUGUGGGUAGAAAAGUUGUUCACAGUUUAGAAAAAAAAAAAAAAAAAACAUUAUUGUUAAACUACGCUUCUUCGUUCCCCUCAGAAUCUAAAAAAAUACAGAUGGUUCGAACAUUAAAAGUACUGAAAUCUAAUGUCAAUUAAGUAUAAUAUUUUCAAACACAUACAACCACGUGUUAUGUUUGUUUUAGAAAUGGUAAAUACAAACUUUGGAAAUUCUACCAUGGCCGCCGUACCGUUAAAGAUAAGCCCGAAUAACGGAGAUGGCGAAUGGUCGGCCAUCAUGGUACACUCGAACAGGACGGGCGCAAACGUAUUGCAUGUCAGGGUAAGAUCAAUGAUAAUACGAUUAUGACAGAAUAAAAUAAAUAAGAAUACGGGACACUAAAUUUAAAAUGCUGACGACAAAGCGUUUUUUAAAUGUUUAUGGUUGCCUAUAAUUAGCCCCUUACGUUUUAUCGUAAUCAGUUGUUUGAUAAACCAGAACUUUUUAAUUAUGUAAGCUGUUGUUAAUGUUAUUAUAUGAAAUAAAAAUGUUCAUGUUUCUUUUCAAAUAUUGCUUAACAUUUUAUUAUUUAAAUUGUACAAAUUCGAACUUUAAAUGAUUGUAAAAAAUAAUUAUUCUACGUUCAACUUUAUUUGUUUUGCCACUAAAAUACGUAACUUAUGAUUAAACUCGUAUUAAAUUUUUUAGCAUUUUGACAACGCCAAAAUAAUUAAAUCUACUCGUAAAACCAAUAAUGAAUCAAAAAAAAUGCCAAGAAACUGUGGUUAAAUACUGUAGAUUGGUAUUUACGUUUUGGUAUUUUUUUGGCUAAUAAUAUUAUUUACAUUAUACAUUUAAGGCGUUUUUAUAGGCAACCCGCUAUGACGCUAGAUCACUACGUAGAGCACAGUUUCCUAGAAAUUUAACGAGUGUCCCGCAUGGUCAUCUGUAGAAUUUGAAUGAUAAAAUACAUAUAAAAUUUAUUUCGUGUACUGAUAUGUGUGUUCGAAAAUUAUUUAUAGAUUACGCCGCCGAACAAUUGUAUCGUGGGAAAAUGGAUAAUGGACGUGGACAUCCGAUGUGGGCAAAUGGUGACGUUGUUUUCGGCUCAAAAAAAUCCAAUGUAUAUACUGUUUAAUCCUUGGUGUCCAAGUAAGCUUCAACAUAUUAUAGGCAAUUUAGGCUAUGAUAUAUUUCUUUUGCGCAUAUUUUUAAACAGUUGAUGUUUACAAUAACAUGUUAACACUCAAAAUAUUCGACUGUUCAAAAAUCGUUUUACGCAGGAAAAAAAAUAAAGGCCUACUUUAUUAAGAAAUAAAAUUUUAAGCACAAAAAAGGAUGGACAUACUUCGCACGUGGGUGCAGCCACUGUUGUAGAUGAGAAGUUGGGAAGGUAGUAGAGGGGAAAUUUAAAGUAUAUCUGUAAGCAACGAUGAACCAUUUCUAACGAAAAAACAAUUCUAAGCAAAGUUCAGUUGAUAGUGUUGUUUCAUCAACAAUGUAUAUGUAUAAUUAAAUAUGUAUUUUAUAUUUUCUUUAAUAAUUUUAAAAAUAUUUGUUUAAUUUUAAACCGAUUUUCCAGUUUUUACUACGUUUUUCCCAAUUAUUCCAAUUUAUUGGGAAAAUUCCUGGGAAAAACAAAAAUAUGACCUCCUUAAAGUAUUUUCCCAGUCCGAUUUCCUUAAAAAAAAGUGCCACUUUUAUUAAUCGGAGCAAGAUUUCUGGUAGAAAAGUUUGCACAACAAAUCAGUGGAUAUUUUGCGAUUGAAAUAGUCCGAGCGAAUGAUAGCUUGGUCUCUAGGUACACCUAAAAUGCUGUUACUUGUUCCUUGUUUAGGUAAAAGAAAAAAAUUAAAUGCAAACAAUUUUUUUGGAAACCCGGGUUUGAACUCAUGGAUAAAAAUAAGUAGGAUGAAAACAAGUAUCUAUCACCAUUAGACUACGACAGACAUAAUGUAAAGAAGGCAAUAUAGAGUUAUUUAACUUAACAUAUAAUAUCCGCAUAAUAUCAGAACUUUAAAAAGUUAUAAUUUCAAAAAUAAGUCAGUCCGCUUAAUUCUGAUUUCACCAUCGUUCUUAAAUCGGCAAUAUACAUAUGUUCAAAACAAGUGGCACCGAUCUCCUCUGAAACAUCUAAGCCAUUUUAAGUAACAUAACAACUUAAAACACCCACCCCAUCGGUGCUGCACAUAAGUAGAAGUUUAAUCUAUUCCCUUCUAACCCCCUUUAAAAAGAUCAUCCGUCCCGAGGAUAUCUAUUACAAAGACCUUAAAAUUAUUUAUUAGAGUAAACAUUUUUUUAUGAAGAAAAUAACUGAUUUUAAAGAUCAAUUUUUACUGGGGGUAUUACACCAUAAUUGUAAUAAACACUUCAAUUUUCUAACACAAGAUCUAUUUUUGUUUAAUAACGUAGCAAAAUAUUGCCUCUUAACGACUAAUGCGGGGGUUCUUAACCGGUGGUCCAUGGCACCCUAGGGGGUCCGUAGAGGGUAACUCGGGGGUCCAUAAAGUGGGUGUGAGAUUUUUAAAAUUACCCAAAUAUAAAUUUGUUUCAAAUUAUUCGAUGAAUCAAAAUCGUCGGUUAAGAUAAAAAAUGUUAUGUAUAUAAUGUAAACUUUUUUUGUGAACAUUGUGUUCAUCAUGUAUAUUUAUUAUUUACGUAAACUUGAAUGGUUGUUCAUAUUAUUUUGGUAAAAUAUUCGAUAACGCUAUUGCCUAUUAGAUAAAAAUUAAAUUUGUCCGCUCGGUCACUCAAAACACAACGGGAAAAACUAGUCAUUAUUAGUUCAUACAAUAUCAUAUCUAGAUUACGAUAUUUAUGUAACAAUACAAUUUAAAAAUUUUAACUGAACACGAAAACCUAUCUCUCAGCUCUCAAUAUACCGCGUUGCAGUUGACCCGUCGCGACGACCUCACCUAACCGUCGCGGCACCGUCGCGCUGCACACAGUGUCGUUAAACUCGUUAAAUUGUGUUUUGUCACCUUCGUAUUCCGACCGUUACCGCGUUGGAUUAUUUGCUCGUCAUAAUCACUCCAGUUUACGUAUUUCUUUAAUUUUAUUUUGUUGAAAAGUUAUUAUGUCAAUGUGAAAAAAAAAGAAAAUAUGAUAACUCAUAUACAUUGUAUGGUUUUACAUUUAUUACCGAACGCGAUGGUUCGCAAAAAUCGCAAUGUUUUCUUUGGGAACAAAUUCUCGCAAAUGGAAGCAUGAAACCAGUAAAACUCAAAGAACGUCUUGUUUCGUUACAUCCUUAACAUUCAUCAGAUAAUUUAGAAGUCUUUCAAACAAAAAAGGCACUUUUUGAAAAAGGUGGUACAUUAACCAAACUUGUAUUUGUACCUCCAUAAAAACCAUGUCUCGAAGCAUCUUACUAAGUAGCGUACCGCAUUACUAGAAAUAAGAAACCACAUACUAUCGGAGAAUCAUUAAUAAAACCAUGUGCAUUAGAAAUAAUAGAAUUGGUUUGUGGUUUAGAACAGCGAAAAAAAAUUGAAGCUUAUUAAUUAUUAUAAAACAAAUUAUUAAAUCUUAACUUCCAUUUUUUUCAUAUUCUGAAUUUAGCAAAGAAUGUGUUGGUUUUAAAAAGAUUUUUAUUAUUUUAUUAAUUUUUUAUGUGAACACUUUUUUUUACCAGAAAUCUUACUCCGAUUAUCAAAAGUAAAGCAGCUUUUCUGAAGGGAAAUGUUAUUUAGGCGGUAUUUUAGAAAGGUCGUUUUUUUUAAAUUCUCAUUAAUAUUUGAGCCAAUGAGGAUAACUUGGUACUUUACAUUAUAAUAGAUUGAAAGAUUAAAAAUAAGGUUGUCAUUAGCAACCGUUUUUAUUUAAUUUUAUUAUUUUUAAGUUUUUAUAAUCUUAAUCUUUUUUACACAAUCUUUGCUGUCGUGGAAACGCACAUUGUAAUCAUUUGACUAUAAUAUGACAUAUAUAUAUUGUUGACAAAACAACACUUCUCAACUGAACAUCACUCAGAAUUGUUUUGUCGUUAGCAAUGGUUUAUCCUUGCUAAAAGAUAUCCUUAUAAAAUUAUAAAAUUAUUAUAAAAUUUAUCCUUGCUAUACAUUAAAUUGCCAUCUGUAUCCUACCUUAAAAACUUCCCACCUACAACAGUGGCAGCUCCCACGUACUAAAUAUGUCCAUCCUUUUUUCAAAUGCUGUUUAAAAACAACAUUUGUCAUGUUAAACAACUGUCAUGUUACGAAAGAAAUGGAAACGUUUCGUUAGAUAAUAUUAUGGUGUUCUCCAAGAAAUUUAGUGAAAACCACUUGUAUUGUAAUAGUUUUAAAAUUAUAUUUUAAAGACCGAAUUAGGAAGUAGUUUCGUUAAACCGUGUUUUCUCUAGUCAUAUUUUUAAUAAAAUAUUACUUGUGGUCCAAAAAAAAAAAAAUCCAGGUUUUUAAUGUUGGUUUUUUCUUUAGAUAUUAUAUUUUUAUAUUUCUACAUUAUUAAAAAAUACAAACGCUAUAUAAUAUAAUUAUAUAAUUUGGUUUUGUGCAGCUGACGAAGUUUAUAUAGAAAGCGAAGAGCUCAAAAACGAGUACGUGUUGAAUGAGGAGGGGCUCAUGUGGCGAGGAAGUUAUAACAAUCAAAAAGCUGUGGUGUGGAAGUACGGUCAGUUCCAUAAGGACAUGUUGGAUUGCAGUUUCUUGCUGCUGUUGAAAAUUCGGCGUUUAGGACUCAUAUACUGCAAUGAUCCGGUUCAAGUGUCCAGAAACCUGUCGGCCGCGGUGAGCGUUAACAUCGAAAAACUCUUUCGCGAAAAGGCCUAACUUAACCUCUAAACCUAUCAUUGAUUUGUUUGUUUAUAUACGAGUAUAUUAUUUUAUGAUUUAGGUAAAUGCUCCCGAUGAGUUGGGAGUUAUCCACGGCAAUUGGACCGACGAUUUUUCAGGCGGAACGCCACCUACCAGUUGGAUGGGAAGCGUGGAUAUUUUAAGUAGAUUCAUCAGAACGAAAAAACCGGUUAAGUACGGACAGUGUUGGGUUUUUGCCGGUGUUCUCACUACGGGUUAGUAUAGCAUAAUAUUAUAGUACACAUUGUUAUGAUUAAUGAUAAGAUACCGAUGACCUAACAAAGUGCAUAGGCUAUUACCAACAAUAUUUUUAAAAAAUCUUUUCAUAACCUAAACGACCAAUAAUCCUAUCUCUAGUUAUCAAAUCGUAACAAAAAUCGUGUUGGAAAAUGAUUUUAUGAUGAUCGAAACUUAAAGUUCUACUCAUAUUUCCAUAUAAAUGAUUAAAAUAAAGUAUUUUAUCGAGUUAUUCAGUUUAUUUCGCUUUUACUAUAGACUUAUAAUAGAUAGACCGUUUUGUAUAUAGCUUCUUAAUGCAAAAAUUUGCGCAAGACGGACCGCAGACUCUAACAUAAAAUGGCUUUUACACGUUUAUAGUAUUGUUAUAAUGAUUAUAUUGUACAGUAUGUAGAGCUAUUGGAAUACCUUGUCGACCGGUAACGGCAUAUUGUGCGGCACACGACACGCAGAAUAGUCUGACGAUCGAUUAUUUCGUAGGCGAUGACGGGAAAAUAAUGGAUGAAUUGCAAGUCGACUCUAUUUGGUAAGUUUAUAACCCAUGUCUUAAAAUAUUAUAAUACGCCAAAGGUGGUGGUACUGGAAAUUUUCUGGACUUUUCUGUCCAUGAAAACUAAAUUAAUAACAAUUAUAAUUUAGUUGUCAAAUAAUAAUUAAAUCGUAUUUUCCAUCCGUGUUUUCAAUGUAACAAUAAAUAAACAGAAAAAAAAAUUAAAUUUUUUGAAUUAUAAGAUUGAAAGUCCAGUGUCAUCCACCCAUUAGAGGUUUAACUCCGGAAUAAAAGUAGCCAAAAUAUAUCCUAGAUAACACAAUCUAGCAAUGAAAGUCCCAUCGAAAUCGGUUCCACCGUUCCUGUGUCAUAGUGGCGGCUUGUGAGGCUAAUGUUCUGAAAAUUAUAAUUGAAUGGGGUGUUAAUAAACAUACACAGAGAGAUGGUCAACAUAUUUGUUGACUUCAAGCUUCGGUUAUCAGAGUAGUUAUUAUUUUAAAAUUGAAAAUAUACCUAUGAGUAAAACCACAGGUACAUAUUUUUUUCUGAAACCAAUCAACGUAUAUUACUAAAAUAUUAUGUUUUAUGUAAACGAAAUUCUGUUUAAGAUUUUUAAAAAUGUAGUUUACAAUAAAUUAAAGGUUUUAUAAAAUGUAAAUAUUUCAGUUUUAUUACACCUAGUGUAAAUGUUUAAUAAAUUGAACGGCGGUACACGAAAACAAAUACGAAAGUUCAAAACAAUUCAGACGAAUCAGACGGACCACCACAAGCGACGAUUCGAAGACAGAAAUAUCAAAUAACAAAAUAAUAUGACACAUUCACAACGGUUGUCGGUUAGGUUAUCGUUAAAUCAAUUCCACCGUCCUCCAGCCGUAAUACCGGUGUAUGGCAUAUUAUAGUGAAAAUAAUAACGCUGUGACAAUAAUAACUGGAUACUAGUUAUGUGUUUUGUACGUGUAUUACGUAGAGGUGAUGAUCAUCGCGCAUGCGCAAUUCUAUUUAUUUAACAGUCGUGUGAUUUGCGUAAAUAUGAGUGUAUGUGAUUUAUAUUUUAUAAUAUAUACACAAUAAACAGUGUGCGGUGCACACACACGUAAAAAUUCAGAGGCGAUAUUAGACGGUGCCUCUUUGACAUUAUCCGAACAUCGCCGCCGGCUGUAACACCCGCGAAGCACGUUUGUUUACGUAAUAAUUAUUUCGUGCGUUUCUUAUCAGCCCAUAGAAUAAACACCGGAUGAUAUACUAACGACGCAACAACAAAAUAUGACGAUUCAUAAUUAUUAUAUUUCGUAAAUAAGAAUUUUUUUUCCCAAAUAAAAUCGUAAAUAAAUUAAAAACUGUUGACGAAAGAUGCGCGAUCGGUGAGCUAAGAAGUAUGCUUUUUGAAUAUUAUUCUACAAAAUUUUUAAUGAGGCACCACCUCACUUGCCUCACACCUAAAGCCGCCACUAUUCUGUGAUUAGGCCGGACAGACAAACCGAAAUUUCAAUUGUUUUUAUACGUAUAAGAUAAACGAACCUGUAACCUGUAACUAUAAAAGACAUAUAGUAGUUAAUAACAUAUGUUCUAUAUAUAUAUAUACAUAAUUAUAAUAUUAUAACCUUUCGUGUAUAUAAUACACAUAUGAUCUAACCACUAAUAAACUAACCUAUUAUUACAAUUACCUUUACCAAUAUUGUUCAAAAUCCCGGAACCCAUUAUCCGAUGAAAGGAACUACCACGUGUGGAACGAGGUUUGGAUGGCUAGGCCAGACCUGAAAGUGCUGGAUCGCAGCUGGCAAGUGAUCGACGCCACACCGCAAGAGCUUAGUGAUGGCCAGUUCAAGUGCGGUCCCGCCAGCGUCACUGCUGUUAGGACCGGCGAAAUCCGUGCACCGUAUGACACGGCUUUCGUGUUUUCUGAGGUGAACGCUGAUAAGGUAUACUGGAGGUACUACGGCAUAUCUCAACCAUUGAAGCUGUUGCGCAAGGAAACGGAGGCGUAAGCAAAGUUGUUUAAAUCAGGGACUGUAACCUUGAUGAUUUUAUCGGUUCUGAUUCUGGUUCCGGUUCUGGUUAAUACUGGUCCUAAACUAAUUUCUUUUGAAUACAAUUAUAUAAAUUAAAUAACUUUAUGUAUCCCUCCUUCCCAACUAUUCACUUACAAUAGUGGCCGCACCCGGUUCGUUUACUUAAAGCCGUAACUUGGUUGGUUUGAACGUACGUGGGUGGGAUUUUUACUAGUCUAGUGUAUAUAGGUCUAUUAUGGGCACUUCAUAUAAAUAGUACCUUCUUAUAUGAUUUUUGGAUCAAAUAUAUCUCGUUAAGAUCUAGUGAUAGGAAAGUGGUUUUAACGCCUACGAAUUUGGUUUGACGCCCCACAUAAGUCCCUCCAUAGUUUGAUAUCAUAAAAUCUCUUCCAAAAGAACUAUUCUGGAAGUCGUCUUGGAACUCGUCAUGAGCUGGAGGACAAAUUUUUCGGAUCCAUAUAUAAAAUUCAGAAAAAACAAUGUACAUAUUUUUGGUAUAAUCAAGGUGUAUUAAUAUACAUACAGAACCGGAUUAAAGGGGAGCCAAGCGGGCUAUAGCCCAGCUACUCCCUCUCAAAAAAAAUAUUACGAGCUUGCAGCGUUUCUACAAUUAUUAAUAUACAAUUUAAAAAAUUAUUUUAACAAUAUUUAUUAAAAGACUUCGAAGGUGUCGACUGUCUUGACAACGAAUUUUAGUCCAAAUGAUUACCAAAACCUGCUUCAUUCUAAAAGUUUGAUUCAAUCUAAAUUAUGUUGUCAUUUUGGAUCUAUGAGAGCAUUAUUUAUUAAUUAUUAAAUAUUCUUAAUUUUUUGAAAAACAUAAAUUAAAUAAUGAUACUGAAUUUGAUGAUAAUUUGAAAACAGAAUUAUCAGUUUCUUCAGAUAUUGACAAUUGUAGUGCAAUAGCAAAACUUCUUUAUGAACGAAAUCUUAUUGAUAUUUUUAAAAAAUUGUAUAUUAAAUUUAGAUUAUAGCUGACAAUAACGUUGGCAAUUUAUGAAACAAGAUGCUUAUUUUCAAAGUUGGCUUUAAUUAAAAACGACUAAGAUCUACACAAAUUGAAGAUAGGUUGAACGAAUUAAUAAUUAUAUCAAUUGAAAAUGACAUAAUAUGUAAAAAAAAAACUAUCAUUUGAUGACGUUUUAGAUACUAUUGUAUCAAGUAAAUUUAGAAAAAAAAUAUUUUAAAUAAUCAUUUGUUUGUAUUUUUGUAUUAAUGUCAUAUAUUUUACAUUUUAACCCUUAAUUAGUUUGUAUUUUUUAAUAAAUGAACAAUGUAACGUAAAUUUGCUCUCUAGGGGAAAAUAUUUUUCUUAUUUAACUAAUAAAUAUCAAUUGACAUAUUAUAAAAAUACUUUUUUUGUAAAAUUAGGGCCCCCAAAAAUAAAUUAGCUCAGGGCCUACAAUUUCACUAAUUCGGUUCUAUAUAUAUAUAUAAAUACGCCUUGGGUACAGUAGUAUAGUUUCAUAUUGAUAAUGGUUAUCUGAAGACUACUGUGAUAGAAUAGUUAAAUAAUCGUUUGGUACAACUAUCGCAUGUCUACUUAUGAUAUAAGUUUUAUUAUUUUUGAUAUUAUAUAAAUCAUUUAAAAUGUUUUAAUCACUUUAGUCAAGUUACAAUUUAUUAACUUCUUAAUAAUAUACAUAGUUUUGAUAAUACAAAAUGCAUAUUAAUUCAUUAAUGAUAUGAGAACAUUGUUUAAUCUUUGUAUCGCUUCUCUUUUAUUUAUAUACUUAUAUCAUACAAUAUAAAAUAAUUGUAUAUAAUUUUAUACAAAAAUAUUAAUUUUUUAUGAUCACUGUGAUUAGAAGAGUAUACCAUAGGACAGUUCCUAUUGAUGUUAAAUCGGAGUCGGUAAAUUGCGUCCCCAAAAAAAGGUCAUAGUCAUAUACUAUGUAAAUUGCGGCCCAUGUACUUUUAAAACAUACGUAAAUUGCGUCCCGCAAUAUAUAUAUUAUUUAGCAACGUUGCAUGGAAAUAAAAAUAAUUUAGCAUAUGCAAUCGUAUGCCUAAAUGGGUAUCGCCGAUAAGGACUACGUGCAAUCGUACUCCACCGGUAUUUAUAAUAUUUUGAAAAUCAGAAUCAUCCUACAAACUAUAUGGAUGCAUUUUGACAGUUAAAGAAGAUGUUUUUUUAUUUCUUAGAACCGAUAAGAACCUAAAAGUACUUACAAUAUAUAAACGGGUGCAGCCACUAUUAUAGAUAGUGCUUUCUGUAAUUCUGAGCGGAGUUCAGUUGAUAGUGAUGCUUUGUCAACAAUAUAUAACAUGUCAUUUUAUAGUGAAAUAAUUAAAUAGGCUUUAUUUAUUUUUUUUAAUAAUAUUUGUUUAAUGUUGUACCGAUUUUCUCAGUUUUUUUUACGUUAUUCCCGGUUUCCCCAUAUUUUAUCCCGGUUUUUCUUAUUUGCUAGGAAAACUCUUAAGAAAAUCAAAAAAUGAUUUUUUUAAAGUACCUCGCAAGUAAAAUUUCCUUAUAGAAACAUUGCUAUAAUUAAAGUUGGAGCGAAAUUGCUGGUAGUAAAGUUGAACAUAGAAAAAAAGAAGUCCAUAGUAUAUCGUAACUAAUAAAUUUCUUAUAUUUUCCCGGUUUUUUUUUUGGGGGGUUUUUCAAAUUUGAUGAGAAGAUUCCUGAGAAAAUCUAAAAAUGACCUUCCUAGUAGAAAAGAUGCGCACAAAUAAAAAAUAAUAAUAAAUAAACAUCUUUUUAGAAUUAUAGGCUUUUUCGCUUCACUCAGAAUGUAGAGCUAUAAUUAACCUUUAAAGACAGGACAUUUUUUUUAUUUGAUCAUUAACUUCCUAUACUCAUGUAAUCGUGACACCGUUCCUAUUAAUUAUUCUUAAUAUUGUAUCAAUUUUAUUGUAUAUUAUAUGUACAUUGUAAUAAUUUUUUGAAUUUGUGUAUAAGAAUCGGAAAACUAAUCUGUACAAAAGCGGUUGGUAGUUGGGAACAAGAAGACAUCACGAGCAUCUACAAAUAUCCCGAAAGUAUAUUAUUUUAAUUUUAUCUUAUCAUUUAACUUUUUGAAUACUCCCCCAACCCCUAUAAUGUGAAAAGAGAACUUUGAAAAAAGUAUUAUUUUUAAAUCUCUACCAAGUUCAUAAUAUGUAGGUGUACCAGUGACAAUUUUCAAAUACCUACUUUUUUUUUUAAAAAAAAAUUCUUCUUCUUAAUAAUAUUCGACUUACCAUAAAGUUAUAUAGAUUUACCGCUAUUUUCUAUUAAUCCGGUAAUAAUAUCAGAUUAUUGAAUAUUACUUUUAAAUAAAUUCCACGUUUUUUUUUUUUAUAUUAACGUGUAAUAUAUUACUCUCAAAAAUAUUACGAAAAACUGUUAAUUCAAAAUGUAAUUAUGUAUUUAUUUAUAAAAGCAAAACAAGUCAUUUUUAUUAAUAUCAAAUGAUAAAGUAAUCACACAUCGUGAAUUAUGUGACCAAAUUUGAGAUAUUAAUUGUUUUUAAUAUUUUUUCAGAUUCAAAAGAAGAAAGAGACACAAUGUUCAACGCGUUGAAGAAAAAUAAUAACUUAUUUAGCCGUUAUUAUUUAAAUGAAGAUUUCAACGAAAUCAAAUUUGACUUCGAGUUGAUGGACGAUAUAACCGUUGGAGAAAAUUUUAGGUACGAAUUGAAUAGUCAAUUCAGUGGGCAGUAUUUAUUUUAAUAUCUACAAUAUCUGCAUAUUAUAUGAUUAAUGAACUUACUAAAUCUUAACCUUUUUUUAAAUAACAUUUUGUAUAACCUAUUGGAUGUAAUAAUAAUAGUGUAAAACAAUGAAAAAAAAAAGACAAAUAAUUGGAAUAAUUAUUAACUAAUAAGAUCGUGUUAUCGAACGUAUAAAAACUAGAAUCUUGUAUGAACCGGGGUGGCCUGACCCAACCCUAGUUUCGACUGCUUCGAAGCCUAAUUGGGAUGAUUCAGUCCUAUUCAUUUUUCGGAUCGGAUUAGUUCGGACUCUAAAAUAGUUCAUAUUUUGGUUCAGGUUAAAUUGAGUCACCCCUAGAACUCUGCACGGACUGGGCGAUUCGAGUUUCGGCCCAAAACUGACACAACCAGUCUCGUUCGGAAAAAGUGCUAAAUUAUGAUUAUUUUUUGGAUCGAAUUGAGCUAGAUUUUCGGAUUUUGAAAUCGGAUUGGAUUGGAUUGAAUUUUUAUCGUGCCCGAGUAGGGCCCUAGUUAGAACGACCAAAUCAUUGUCGUCAUUGGAUUAGUGAAUAUACGUGUAGUCAGUUUAUAAGUUGAUUUAUAGAUUUUCUGAAAUAAAAUAUUUAUAAAUUGAACCAGUUUAAUAACUGGUAGUUGAUACCUACGAGUAUAUAUAAUUUAUAAAUUUUGAAUCCAUAAAUUAUGCAUUUCUACAGGUUCACUUUUGCUAUUAUUUUGAUUGUUAUUUAUAUGAAGUUUGAAAAUAAAUAUUACAUACUAAUCAUAUUUAGACAACCGAAAUGUUUGUUCUUAAACACAAAAUUUGACAAAAAAUGGAAAUCCUAAACAAAUUGUAUGUCCACAAAAAGUACACCCCCUUUGGAGAAUUCAUAUAUCCAGUGAAGCAAUUAAAGAGGGGGGUUAGGGGUUGUGACCUCCCAAAUUAUGUUUGUGAGUUUUUUUUUUAAAUUCUUCGUAGUACGUUGUUACAAUACAUAAAUAAGUGAUAACAUCUACGAAGUGUUUUGGUUAUAACUUACAAGUUACUAUAGACUUUAUAGUAUACUCUAUGAUAUAGAUUAAUAUAUAGGGCUGGACCUAUACCGAUAACUAAUGUUAAUAUUGGUACUAUCGGUAAAUCGGGUAUCGGUUUUAUUUUGAAUUGAUAGUGAAAUCGAUACGAUGUAUACAGUGCAAGUCACAUAUAAAUUUGUAUGCAAUGACUGUGGUUAUAGCAAUAAUUAUAUAGACAUUCUGAAAAAACUUUUGUUAAAUUACAACUUAUAUCGGUUGUCAAAUUUUAAAAAAAUACAAACAUUUUGUUGUAUAGGUUCAUAAAAUAUCGAAUUGGUUAUUCGAUUUAUAUCGGCAACGUGUAUUGGAAUAUCGAACAUCGGAAAAAAAUAUUUUUGGUUCAGUUCUAGUAAUAGAACUAUUAACUUUUUUUUGUUACCUGGAAUUUCAGUUAGUAGGUACUAAGUACAAGUGUUCUAUAUUAUAUUUAUUACAUGAACUCUAUGGUAUUUGGUAAUAAAUUAUUACAAACAUGUUCAGCGUUAAGUUUUAUGUUAUCAGUGUGGUUUUAUUAUCAAUGGAAAUAUCCGUUAAAUGUUAUAAUAUAAUUAUUAAUAGAAUAAUCGAGCGUGUCCAACGUAAGUUUCUCGGUUUAGUCGCCUCCCGUUUCAAUAUCCCCUAUCCACCGCACGAUUACUCUCCCAUCAUCCUGGAAUUACGCCUAUCUAUUUUUAAAAUUAGUCUAAAUUCUUUUUCAAUAUGCAUUAUCUAUACAUAAAAUGUAAGCAAUUUAAAGAUUUUAUUCAUAAACUUAAUUUAACCUUACCCCCUUCUCACUACCAAACACAUUUCGAAAUUGAGCUAUCUAUAACCAUCGCAUUACAUGUUCGAAUAUGUAUAGUUUUAAAAAUAUUAUGUAUAAAUGUAAAAGAAAAAAAAAUGAUUUAGUGACAUUCGGUGAUAGUGGAACUAAUUCAAAAACGAUAUUAUAAUAUAUAUAUUUUAUAUUUUUAUUUGUAUUUUAGAGUCGCGCUAAAAAUUACAAAUCGGGGACACAAGGAUUAUACUAUCAAGGUGAUUUUAAGAGUAGACACUGUGGAUUACACUGGGAAAAACGGUUCAAUGGUUAGCAAACAUGAAGAAGAAAUAGUUAUACUUCAUGACCCAGGUAAACUAUACCUAUUAGUUGAUUGAACGAAUUAUAUCGUGAUCAACAUCACAUGAGACACUCAGGAAAAUAUUAACGUUUUUCAAAAUUUGUUUUUUUAGAAAUAAAUAACUCUAAAAUGAUACAUUCCAGUUAUUUGUUGUAAUCAUUACUUUAAGGGAUGAAACAUUAAAGCCACUAUAUACUUUUGAUUUUAAAAUAGCAACCUAUACAACAAAUUCCAUAGACAGAAGGAGUAUUAAUAUUUAAUUUAAAUAAAUUAUGAAUUUUUGAUUUUCAACAACUCGUUGAUGAGUUAGCUACUCCUAUCUAAACUCAAAAGUGUAUAAACAUAAGUGGUGGAAUAUUAUUAAAAUGCCGCACUUCAUGCCACCACACAUAUGACACACUACUACUUACCCUCCCGCAGAAACUUAAAAGUGGAUUAUUUUGUCAACGGAUUGACAGACGUUCAAAUACAAAAAUUAAUUUAAUUAGUUUAAAUUAAUUAUCUAUUUCUAACUAUUUAUAGGAUUUUUACUAUAGGUGGGCAUUUAAAAAUCAAAAGUUGGUUAUCUUUUCACCAUUUUAAUAAAGUUUAACAAAAUCUUUUUAAAAUAUUUAAAUUACUCUAGUAAUUUAACAUUUUAGAAUUACUUAUUUCUUAAAUGUUCUAAAAAACGAAUAUUGAAAAAAGUUAUUACUUCCCGAAAUAAUAAGUGUCUUACUACGUUAUAUUGAUCACCAAUAUUCAACAAACAAAUAUUUCGAGUCAAAUUAACUAUUUUUCACUUUUAAAUUAGACCAAUCUAAUAUAUUCGAUUAAAAAUGCUUCCCUUGAAAAACAUACCUUGGUAAGAAAAAAAAUCUAUAGUAGUGUCAAAAAGUAAAAUAAUCACAAAAAUGGCUUCCAACUACUGCAUGAUUGAAGUCACUUGUAUAAUAUUGUAUGACAGAAAACUAUGCAAACAAGAAUUUUUCACGAGACACAAUAAUUACAUAUAAUUCCGUUUGCAGGAUCGAACGUCCAGUACGUUGUUACCGUUCUGACUUACUCAGAUUAUGGAAAAGACGUCAAGAAUCAGAACGUUUUCAACGUUUCCUGUUUGGCGAGUGUUAUUGAUACGGACUAUGAGUACUUCGGGCAAGACGAUUUCCGAAUCCAAAAACCUGAAAUCAAGUUCGGAGUGAGUAUCAGGGCUGCAAAACAGUAAUUAAUUAAGUAAACAUAACAUUAAUAAUAAACGGUUUGAAAUAAUUUUUUUAAUUGUUAUUGUUUUUGUUUGUUUUAAACAUUGUUUAAAACCAGACUUUUUAAAAAAUAUUUUGCUUUUUUAAAAUGGUUUUUUCUGUAAUAUUAAUAUUAACAAAGAGGAUUAUUAUUUAUUAACUUUUAUUGUAUAAACAUAAUUAAAAAAGAUGUCAUAGGAGAAUGGGGACGGUUGCAGUCACUAUUAUAAAUAGUGAUUUAAUGUAUACCUGUAAGCAUUAAUAAACCAUUGCAUACGAAAAAAUGAUUCUAAGCAGAGUUCCGUUGAUAGUGGUGCUUUGUCAACAAUAUACAUGUUUUCAUACCGUUUUUUCCGGUUUUUCAAAUUUGAUGAGAAAACUCGUCAGAAAUUCAAAAAAUAAUCUCUCUUAAGUACCUUCCUAAUGAAAUUACCUAAUAGAAACAUUACUAUCAUUAAAAUUUGGAACAAAAUUGCUGGUAAAAAAGUUGUGCACAGGAAAAAUAAAUAAUAAUAUUUUAGUAAUAUAUUUCGUACAUUUCCCUGUUUUUUUCAGUUUUUUGUAAAACUAUAAGCUCAGAAUCUAAAAGACGGAUAUACUUCGCACGAUGGGCUACUGUUGUAGGUGAGAAGUUAGGAAGGUGCAGGAGAAAUUUAAUAUAUAGCUGAAACUGUACGUAACGGUUAACCAUAUUGCUAGCAAAAAAUGAUUCUGAGUGGAGUUCGGUUAAUGGUAUUGAUUUCUCAACAAUACAAUACAGGAUGAUCCACUAAGUGUGCGCACCACAGUUUUUAUUUAAAUUCUGAUUUUUUAAAUUUUUAAGUGUAGUUAAGAUUUAUAUUUUCGAAUACUUAGAUUUUGCACAAUAUUUAUGGAGUGCCCUGUGGUGAUCCAACUUUCGUUUUUCAAACGAAAACCUAUAUUAAAAAUUCCAUAAUUAGAUGGAAUAUUUUUUUAAAAAAAUUUUGGUGUUAACAUUUUUGAUUUCUGUCAACCCGUUGACGAGAUAUUUCAUUUUUAAGUUUAGGUAGGAGGAGAGUAGUGGAGCACUAAUAAAAUGCCGCGCGCCGUGCCGUCACACAAAUGAUACACAAUUUAACCAUACAAAUGGGGUGAACACGCUUAGUGAAUCAGCCUUUAUCCUUAUAUAUAAUAUAUAAAAUAACAUGUCUUAACUGAUUUGACUGACUGACGGAUUCAUCAUGGUUUAGCUCAAUCCACUCGACUGAUCGGGCUGAAAUUUGGCAUACAAAUAUUUAUUAUGACGUGAGCAUCUCUAAGAAAGGAUUUUUAAAUAUUUUACCUCUAAAUGGGUAAAAUUGGAGUUUUAUAGUAUUUUUGGUACGAAUAUCAAAUUGUAUAAUUAUAAAUUAUUAUUUAUUCAUGGGUUACCUAGGUGACAUUUAUGACAAUUUGGCUGUCGUGGACAAGAAAAUUAUUAUUAUUACUAUUAUUUACACUAUUAUUCAACAAUACAAAUUCUGAGCGGACUCAGUUGAUAAUGAUACUUUGUCAACAAUAAGUCAUUUUAUAUUAAAAUAAUUAAAUAGGCUUUAUAUAUUUUCUUUAAUAAUAUUUGCUUAAUGUUGUUCCGAUUUUUCCAGUUUUACUUCGUUUUUCCCGUUUUUUCUUCUUUUUUUUCUUAUUGAUUUUUCAAAUUUGUUGAGAAAACAACUGAGAAAAUCGAAAAAUUACCUUCUCAGACCGAUUUCCUAAAUCUGAGCAAAUCUUUUGGUAGAAAAAAUAAAUAUCUUUAUAAAACUGUAAGCUUCUUUACUUCAUUCAAAAUCUAAAAUAAUUACAUAUGCAUUAAGUAUUUUCUUUAAUAACAUUUGUUUAGUAUUGUGCAUAUUUUCCCAUUUUCCUCCGUUAUUUCUCGGUUUUUGUCAUUUAUUGGGAAACUAAAAAAAUAACCUCCCUAGAGUAUCACCUCAAAUCAGAUUUCCUUUUAGAAAAAGUACUACUCUUGUAAAUGGGAGCAAGACUUCCGGUAAAAAAAUUGUUCAUAGAUAAAAAACAAAGAAAUAAAUAAACAUUAAUAUAAAGCCAAUACAUUCAGCUAGUUGCAUUUUAAUUUAUGAAUUUAUGAUUUUACCUGACGAUGAAUAUUUAAUUCGAAACAGGUCGUACAAUACAUACAGGGUGAUUUUUUUUAUCUGGUAAAUAUUUCUGAGAACUUGAAGUGAAUUUGAUUUCUGUUUUUUCUCAUAAUUAUAAAAUCAUUUAAGCUCUACUUUAAAAUAAUUUUUAAUUUUUUACCCCUAAUUCAUAUACCAUAAAUAAAUGCAUACUUUUGAUUUUCAAAUAGGAAUCCUCUCUUUUGAAGAUAUGUUUGAAUAGAGAAUAUUUUUCUAGAUAUUUUUGAUAUGCAUCACACUAAUAUCAGAUUUACCGUUUGUGAUUUAUAACAGUUUAAAGUCUAUACCGUUUGAAUAGGGAAGGGUGAUAAAUUACCUAUCUAUGAUCCUUCUAUACUCCUCCGAUCUAAACUGUUGUAACUCAUAAACGGUAAAUCUGAUAUUAGUAUGAUGCAUAUCAAAAAUUUCUAGAAAAAUAUCCUCUAUUCAAAUCUAUCUUCAAAAGAGAGGAUUCCAGUUUGAAAAUCAAAAAUAUGCACUUAUUUAAGGUAUAUGAAUUAAGGGUAAAAAAUUAAAAAUGGUUGUAAAUUUAAGCCUACACUAUUCCAUAAUUAUUAGAAAAAACAGAAAUCAAAUUCACUUAAAAUCCUCUGAUAAUUACUGGUUAAUGAUAAAUAUCACUUAGUAUAUUAUAAUACUCUCGACAACACGCAUUCAUUUAUUUAUUUAUAUAUUUAUUUAUGAAUAUUAACUACAUAAGAAUUUUGUUUUUACUUUUUUAGUAUUUAGUUAUUCUAUUAAUUAAGUUACAAUUAUUAAAUUUUAUGUUAUAUGUAUUAUUAUUAUUAUUAUUAUAUUAUAUAAUGUCCUAUUUCAGAUGGAAGGUACACCGGUUGUGGGUCAAGAUAUUAUGAUCAACCUUUUGUUCACAAAUCCAUUGCCUGUAUCAAUGAAGAACAGCAAAUUUAUAAUAUCCGGCACUUCAUUGCCAACUUUUGUAAUAAAAGUCGGGUUCGUACAAUAUGACUGAAUAGACUGAAUCAUAAGCCAUUAACUGCAUACAAAUUAAUAAUUGAAUUAACAUAUAACUAUCAUUAUAAUAUCUUCAUCUUUUUCUGGACUUAAAAACUCUCUUUGAGUUAUUUCCACCACAAAAAUAUCAUGUCAUAUAUCCAUGUCUUAGACUAAGUCUUUCCAGUCUACUACUCCCAGAUUCCUUAGAUCUUCUUUGAGACCUUCUUCCCCUGAGGUUUCUAUUUCAGCGCUGCUCUUACAUGAUCGUCCUUAACUUUUGUAUUCUCUUCGCAUUAUUUGAUCUAAUCAUUUUAUAAGUAGUCUUUGUCCUUUAAUAAAACUGGCUACUGGUGCCAAAUUUACUGUAUCAUAUACAUAGAUACAAAUACAAAUUUUAACAUGUAGAGGGGGGCUGGGAAAACAUAUAACACAAAAACCCGUGAAGGGUCUAUCCCCCACAUUACCCCCAUUAUCUGGAUUUUAUUUUUUAUCAAGUUCAUAUACCUAUCUUUAAACAAUAUGUAAUUAUUUUUUCAUUUUAAAGUUAUAAAUGAUAUUAUUUUAUAUAAUAUAAAAUUACUUUUUAUAUUUUUCUUAGAUAUAAGCGUAUGAUACAUUUAAAGUAAUAAUAUAUACAAGGUUGUGUAUCAUAAAAUAUUAUUAUUUAUAAAAAUAUAGUAAAAUAAUUACGAAUACUAAAAAGACUGAUUUAUGUCUGAUUUAUUUAUUUACAAUUGUAGUUUAUGAUCAGUUUUAACAGAUUCAUUUAAUAUUUCUUUAUCAACCUUUCUUGGUUUAAUCAUAAUACACAGUUCUUCAUCAACUUCAUUUCAAAUUUUACUGAAUCAACAUAAAUUUGCAAUAAUUCUUAAGAGUAUAUGAUGGUUUUAAAAUAUUCAAUUUUUGUACAUAAAAAUAUAUUUUAAUUUUUUAAACUCAUUUUAUAAUGAUCAAUAAAACAAGUGCUGUCAUUAAAACCAAGUUUGAGUAAAUUGUAUACGCCAAUUAUUGUUUACCAAAGCUAUCUGCUGAAACUGUUUUUUCUAAAUUUUCAACGAAAUUUUGAAAAUAAAUAGUUCCUCAGUAAUCUUCUAGAUAAUUUACUUUUUGUUAAGUAUCAAUUUGCAUAUUUUCAGAACUAGUGAUAGUUGAUAGAUAAAAAUAAAUAAAAUACUGGCUAUUUUUCUUCUUCGUUUUGACCCUUUUGAAAAUAAUUUAAAAAUAUUAUAUAAUAAUAUCAUUUAUAACUUUAAAAUAUUGUUUACAGAUAGGUAUAUGAAUUUGAUAAAAAAAAACAGACAGUUAAUAAGGGGAAUGUGGGAGGCAGACCCCUCAUGUUAAAAUGUAGAGACAAUUAUCAUUAGUAAAUACAAUGUUGCAAUAAUUUUUUUAACUAGGUAAGAAAACGAAACAAAAAUGACACAAUUAUAAGAGAAACAGAUUUUUCUCGUGUUUUGAUGUAAUUGAGAACUUAACAUGUUCAUUAUUUGUAUAAUGUCUUCUAAUACAAUGAUAUGAAAAGGAAAUGAAACUGAAUUCAUUCAUGUCAUAAUUCCUAUACCUAAAAUUAUAUUAUGAUUACCACACAAAUAUUUACUAAAUAAGAAUAGUUUAUAGAGUAUAAUUUAUUUUACCUUUAGUUUGGAAGCUAGCUCGGUCAUUUAAACAUUUAAUCUCCUCCUUCAAUACAUUAAUUAUUAUGGCUUUGAAAUUGUGUUUCACUAAUGUGCAAUUUCACGCUCUACAGUUCCAACGAGUAUCAUAAAUUUGGCUGAUUGAUAUUUUUUUUUUACUGAUGAUUUUUGUUGACUUUCUACUAGUUUAAAAUUAUCCGUUGAUUUAAAAAGUUUUCAGAAAAAAAUCAUAAGAAAAUUGUAGCCACAGCGACUUGCAGCAAUACCAACUUUGAAAAGAAAAAUAUUCUGAUUAUAUUAUUAUAAUAUCCGAUUGUAUUAACAACAGAAUAAGAAUAUUUAUCAAACCUAAAAUACCAAAAAAAAAUUAAAUAAAUACAAAAAACUAAAUUUUGUAUUUUAUAUUCUAUUCAUAUAAUUUAUUUCAUAAUUUUUUUUUUUUUUUUUGAUGGGCGCUAAUUCCCCCAACCCCCCAUUUUCUUCUAUGAUCACACAGAUUCCUAUUGUUACUUCCUCAUUAAUUUAUUGUUGUUCGUCAUAAACAGGGUCACAGAUUCACAGAUUUUUCUCAAUAUAUUGUUUUCGAACGACUUUAGUUUCCUUUCUGUCUCGUGAGUUGUCCGUACUACACAGACCUAAUAAUACGUAAGGCCUUAAGGACAUUAGUCUUAUGAUAGCUGCGUAAAACAUUAUAUUAGUUUUUCUAGACAAUAGCUUGGAUUAGAAACAUAAGUGUAAAAUAUGUUUUAUCUGCCUUAUUAAAACAAAUGCCGAUCUCACUGGUCCGUUUAUUUUUCGUGCUUACAAAUUAAUAUAAUUAAAAUUUUAUUAUAAGGGCUGUGAUAUAAUUGUCAAUGAUUAAUAAACUAUAUUUUUUUUCGGUAUGUUCUGCAGUAAAUUAAUUUCCUAUAAGCCCGUCAUUGUGCCAUUUAAGUUUACUCCUCUAUCGAAGGGUAAACAUACAAUCACAGCGAAAUGCACCUCCGAUCAACUGCAAGACAUCGAAAACUUUAUACAAUUUAUGGUGUAAGGAGACAAGAUCAAAUUUUUAUCAAUGAUUAUGUUUUCAAAAUGUUAUAAUAAUUAUUAAACAUAAUUAUUCAACUAUUAGUAGUAACAUGUAAUUUUGUUUAAAUUUUAAAAAAAGGGUUUUUUUUGGAAAACAAUUGUUUUAUCUUAAAUUAUAAUAUAUUAUAAUUUUUUAAUGCAGCUAGUAAGCCAACUAUUUACUUAAGUUAUAUAUUUUACUUAAGCAAUAUACUAACGUGUUAAAUAAGAUAAACAAAUAAUUUAAGACAAAAACUUGACUGAUGUUAUAAAUAUAUAUACAUAUAUAUAUAUUAUGCACCAUUAUAUACCAUUAUACGC